AUGGUCUUGUCUAAACCCUCCCACUCCUCACCCCCCCCUGCGGAGUGCUGCACUUGGACGGGUCCGGGGCCGACAUGGCGGAGCGGCGGGACACAGAACCCGGGUUGGCAGGGGGGUAAGAAACCGGGGAAAGAGGGCGGGGCAUACCGGGUGGCUGCACGGAGAGGGGGGAGGAGGGGGGUGUGUGAGCGGAGCGCCUUAUAGAGCUCCUGCCCCCCCACUAACAAUGAGCCAUCGGUGUGUGAGUACAAUACAGCGCUCUAUAGCCCUCACACAGCCAGCCAGGCUAGAUAAAGCCUCUGCACCGAGCUGGCAGCGAGCAGCGCCUUCCUCACACGUGUGGGAAUACAGGUAGCACCCCCCCAAUACACAGAGAGAGAGAGAGAGAGAGCGGGGGGGGGGGCUCUCUCUGUAAUGCAGUGUGUUCAUCAGAUGUGCCCCUGUGUGUCUGGACACAGUGCAUUGUGGGUCCUGUGCAGAUAGCUUUAUUAUGGGUGGUGUAAUGUACACAUUGUUAUUAUUAUUAUUAUUAUUUCAAAGAAAUGUGCUGCCCAUUUAUCUCUUGAAACUUCCUUGUUUUUGUAUUUUUGCGCAAGAAAAAAGGAGAAAAAAAAAGUUUUGCAUACACAUCCCACUAUCCGUGAUAGAGUGCAUGUAUUGUGGUUUCUGCAAAUCUUUUGUCUUUGUAGCCACAUAUUAUCCACCUUGUGUUUUUUUUUUCUUUUUUUUUUUUUUUUCUUUCUUUCCACCCCUUUUGUAAACCUUUGUUGAUCCCAGUACCCAUAAUAUGCUCAGUGGCCAACCUUGAUCAUUUAUGGAGACUGCACAGUAGUGUGCAGCACUGCCUGAUGAUCCUUUUGUACAUCUCCCUAAUUAAAGAGACCGUAUAGUCACAUCUUGGUUCAAUGGUUGCUCUUCAAAUGUGAAUUAUAUGUUUAUUUUCCUCUAUGCAAACUAACAGUGCUCUAAAUUUUAAAAAAUAAUGCUGUUUAAAAAAAAUAUAUUCAUAUUCUAAACCGAGCCAUGUCUGCCAAGGAAAUUUUGUACAAUGUUUUGCUUUUAGAGGGGAAUUUCUUACCAAUAUCUUAGUUCAGAAUGCUAUAUACCAAAACAGUUGCUUAGUGUUAUUCCAAGUACUAUGACUUCAAGUGGUCAUGGUGGCUAGAGUCUGUGCAGUGUUUCACUAUGAAAUUCUGCACAUACAGAAUUUAACCCUUUUUGUUGUUGUAAGUGUAACUCCACCAAUGGCAGCAUCAGCGAGCCCAGAAUAAGAACUGACUUAGAAAAUGUUUUCAAUUCUCCUAUUUUAAACUUAAAUGGAAACUGUCACCACUUACCAGGCCCUCCACUCCUCCGCCACAAUCUCCUUGCUGAGGUAAGUGUAACACAUAGCUUUAAGGAGCCAUCUUGCACAUUUCCCAUCAUAUCUCAUAUAAGACAUUUUUUGUUCUAUUACUAGCAAAGUGAUAUGUCUGCAAAUUAUUGCGUCAAAAGCAAUACAGCCCUAUGUAGUUUUUUUGGGAGUCCACUAGCUCUGUACAAUGGUUAUGUGCAAAACUGUUUUAACCCCUUAAGGACACAUGACAUGUGUGACAUGUCAUGAUUCCCUUUUAUUCCAGAAGUUUGGUCCUUAAGGGGUUAAAUGGUUUAAAACCGUUUGAGGGUUCGAUGGCAAUCAUUUAUUUUGAAAGUGUCAACUGACAGACUCGACAUAAAAAUACAAUCUAAACACGUGGAAUUUAUAUUGCUAGUUCCGAAGAGAAGCUUUUGCUUUAGGAGCCCAAAAGUUCUCAGUCAAACCGUUCUCGGAACAGUUUGGCAAUAGUGAUGAAGCCAGUUAACUGAUGACAUUGCAACUAGUACAGCAAGUUGUAGUAGUUAUGUUGCUUAGUUACCCUUAAAUGUUGGAUUGGGAUGUAGCUUUGGGGUCCCCAUUGUUCAGAACAAGAAUCUAAUUUGUCAGGUCCUAGGCAACUGUCCACAACAAAUGGUUACUUCCUGCAGUGUGAAGAUCUAUUUGUUACUUGGAAGAGUAUAGUGCAUGGAAGGGCAAGCUUUGGCACUCCAGAUGUUGUGGACUACAUCUACCUUGAUGGUUUGCCAGCAUUAUGGCUGUAAGAGCAUUGUGGGAGAUGUAGUCUAUGAUGUCUGAAGAGUAGUGAUGUCCCAAACUGUUCACCGCAGAUGGCGAACAUAUGCGCCCUCCCACCUCCUGGACAGCAUCCAUUUUACAUUCAUUGUGAAGCUGCAUUCUUAGUGACUGUCCAGGAGCUGGGAGGGUCUGCUGCUGAUUGGCUGGAAUGUGUCUGCUGACUGUGAGGUACAGGGUCAAAGUUUACUCAAUGAUGACGAAUAGGGGGCGGACCGAACAGCGCAUAUGUUCGCCAUCCACGGUGAACCGUUCGGGACAUCACUACUGAAGAGCUGAUGGUGGCCAACUCCUGGUAUAGUGAAUGGGUUUGUACAGUUCAUGUAGAAUGAGUUGCUGGGGUAAUUUUAUAAUUGAAGAUUGGAUCAUCAAGCUAAUGCAGUGUUUAUCUGGGUAUCUAUCAAGAAAGUUCCUUCUUAAAGUGGCUCUGUCACUGCUUGGAGUCUUUGCAUAAUUUGCAAAGAACGCCAAAGUAGUCUGCUCUGCUGAAUGUAUGGUGGCCGCAGGCUGCAGGUGAAGGUGAGUUUUAUUACUUGAACCAGUCCCUUGUGGCAGCCGGCAUUGUAUUCCUGCCAGUCCUCUUCAGCUCCUAGGAGCCCCGUUACAGGUUCUUGCUGGAUCUGCUAUACAGGUGGUCCUUGUUUUGCGACCUACCUGCUUUUCGACUGCUCGUACUUACGACCAGACCUCUCGCGGGGAGGGGAGGUAAGUUCGAGCUGUUGUGAGAACUAGAGGGAUUCCAUACUCUGUUGCGUUCGUCUAUGUUCAGGGACAUUUGCCCGAACAUAGAAGAAUGCAGCAGAGCAGGGAAUGCCUUCACCCCCUUUACUUACCGAGCAAUUCGUUCUACGACCGGGUCGUAGGAAUGGAAUCCGGUCGGUAAGUGAGGAGUGUCUGUAUAGACGGCCUUUUUCCCUAAAGGUAGCUCUGCCUUUUUGAGACAUUUUGUCUAGCAUUGGGAAAAUGCUAAGACAAGCUUGUCCCUACUCGGUCUUUGUAUACCUUUUGACUAUGUUGGAAUUUCAGUGCAAUUGUAUCUUUACCUCUAGCAUAAAUUGUGUUCAGCUUGAUACUUAUUGAGCACAUUGACAUAUGACAUUGGAGAACUUUGUAGGCACUUUGUGUUUUCCCAAACUUCUUUGGGACUGAAAUAAUUCAUUGACUAUUUCACACAUCAGUUUUUUUUUUGUUUUUUUUUUGUAUUUUUAAAUAUAGGAAUUUUUAUCCUUAAUGUACUUUAUUAUUAAUCAUUUGAUCUUGAAUCUUGGCAGAAAUAACAUGUAAAUGCUGUACCACAAGACUAUUUUAAUUAUGCAUCAUUCCUUUUUUUAUAUUUUGUUUUUGGAUUAUUAGAAUUAGAAAAGGGUUACAUAACCUUUUGGUAACAAAUCUUACUUUUGCUCUUUUUUUGCUUGUGCAUCUCCUGUUUUGCUACUGUCUGAUAUUUUGUUGCAAAGCGUUUUUAGUUUUAUAGUUGGGUACUCUGUUGGAUCUGUCUGAAUAGUUAUGAGUAUACGUUAUAGCAGUUUAUUGUUGCAUUGCUAUUUUAUUUAUUUUAUUUUUGUUUACUUACUGUUCUGUUAAAUUAUAAAAUUAUGAUUUCAGUCUUUUAGAAAAUGUUAUUUUAAAGGGGUGCUCCACUGUGUAAUUGUUUAAAUGACACAAUUGAUAUAUUUACACCACUGUUACCAGUGGGGAGAGGGGGGGGGGUUGCGCUUGGUCUUUUGCAAAGAGUCUUUCCAUUUUUCUGACAGAAAAGUGGUUGGAAUUUUUCCCACCACUGCAAUUUUGUCAGCUUCUGAAAUGGAAAUAUCUGUGGAAAUUGACGGAAUAUACUAUAAACAAUACUGUCAUUUUUUAGAUAAAUUUUAAUAGAUGCCAUUUAAAAAUGACCGUUUCAGAACAAAUUGGUGAAUAUCUCUUUUAUAUUUAUAGAUUGCAUAGAAUAGGAAUGACCAAACAGUAAGUCCUCAACCACUAAAACAAACUACAAUUUCCUUGUUGCUUUGUUGACCUAUAUAGCCAUAAUUACGACUUAAUAAAAUGUAUGGAAUGUAAGAAUUGUUUUGCUCUGAAAUGUUCCUGUAAGUUAGGAAGGGGUUAAUAGUCUAAAUAUAGGAAUUGUUUUUAAUUUUGUUUUAUAUUCACCUAAAUCAUAAAAGUAUAUCUCUUUAAGAAAUUUUAUUUAAGUGGACUAUAUAUGACUGCACCCAUGGACAUAUAAGCCAGGAUUUGCAUUCAAAAUAAUUUUUUACUUGUGUGUGCAUAGAUCAUACAAGAGAGUCGUAAUUGUUUUUUUUGUUAAACACCUAACCUAGUCAAACAUUAUGGGUGUUUAGUUACAGUAUAUGAUCAUACAUUGCAUAAGCCUGCCACAAAACUGUGUGUGUGUGUGUGUGUAUGUAUAUAUAAUAUUUGCAGCAAGAUUUUUACAUGUAAUCUAUUUCCAGUAAUAAAAAGUGAUGACACUGUUCCUUUUUAGUUAUACUUUAUUAAUCUACUUCAGCUUUGAAGUAUGCUUUUUGUGUGUCUAUCAUUAAUUAUUGCAAACUGGUAUCUGUAAUAUAUAAAUCAGCUGAUUUAUAUUUUUCCAAAGUAUUUUAUUUUUUUUCCCGUUAAUCUGUUGCUCCAACCUGUUAGAGUUCUAUAUAGUAUGGUAUCUUCUCAAACCUUUUUGUGGUACCCAACAGCUGAAGUAAAGUGAGCACCACAAAACUCAUCUCUGUCCCUGAUUUUAUAUAUUUUUUAUCUAUCUCUGUAUAUUGCUAAAAAAAAUAAAUGGAACACAAAAAUAACACAUCCUAGAUCUGAGUGAAUUAAAUAUUCUUCUGAAAUACUUUGUUCUUUACAUAGUUGAAUGUGCUGACAACAAAAAUUAAAAAAUGGAAAUCAAAUUUUUCAACCCAUGGAGGUCUGGAUUUGGAGUCACACUCAAAAUUAAAGUGGAAAAACACACUACAGGCUGAUCCAACUUUGAUGUAAUGUCCGUAAAACAAGUCAAAAUGAGGCUCAGUAGUGUGUGUGUGGCCUCCACGUGCCUGUAUGACCUCCCUACAACGCCUGUGCAUGCUCCUGAUGAGGUGGCGGAUGGUCUUCUGAGGGAUCCCCUCCCAGACCUGGACUAAAGCAUCUGCCAACUUCUGGACAGUCUGUGGUGAAACAAGAUGUUGGUGAAUGGAGCGAGACAUGAUGUGCUCAAUUAGAUUCAGGUCUGGGGAACGGGCGGGCCAGUCCAUAGCAUCAAUGCCUUCAUCUUGCAGGAACUGCUAACACACUCCAGCCACAUGAGGUCUAGCAUUGUCUUACAUUAGGAGGAACCCAGGGCCAUAUGGUCUCACAGGGGGUCUGAGGAUCUGUUCUCUGUACCUAAUGGCAGUCAGGCUACCUCGGGCGAGCACAUGGAGGGCUGUGCGGCGCCCCAAAGAAAUGCCAUCCCACACCAUUACUGACCCACUGCCAAACCGGUCAUGCUGGAGGAUUUUGCAGGCAGCAGAACGUUCUCCACGGCGUCUCCAGACUCUCACGUCUGUCACGUGCUCAGUGUGAACCUGCUUUCAUCUGUGAAGAGCACAGGGCGCCAGUGGCGAAUUUGCUAAACGUCCUGCACGGUGUUGGGCUGUAAGCACAACCCCCACCUGUGGACGUUGGGCCCUCAUACCACCCUCAUGGAGUCUGUUUCUGACCGUUUGAGCAGACACAUGCACAUUUGUGGCCUGCUGGAGGUCAUUUUGCAGGGCUCUGGCAGUGCUCCUCUUGUUCCUCUUUGCACAAAGGUGGAGGUAGUGGUCCUGCUGCUGGGUUGUUGCCCUCCUACGAUGUACUGGCCUGUCUCCUGGUAGCGCCUCCAUGCUCUGGACACUAUGCAGACACAGCAAACCUUCUUGCCACAGCUCGCAUUGAUGUGCCAUCCUGGAUGAGUUGCACUACCUGAGCCACUUGUGUGGUUUGUAGACUCUGUCUCAUGCUACCACUAGAGUGAAAGCACCGCCAGCAUUGAAAAGUGACCAAAAUAUCAGUCAGGAAGCAUAGAAACUGAGCAGUGGUCUGUGGUCACCACCUGCAGAACCACUCCUUUAUUGGGGGUGUCUUGCUAAUUGCCUAUAAUUUCCACCUGUUGUCUAUCCCAUUUGCACAACAGCAUGUGAAAUUGAUUGUCACUCAGUGUUGCUUCCUAAGUGGACCGUUUGAUUUCACAGAAGUGUGAUUGACUUGGAGUUACAUUGUGUUGUUUAAGUGUUCCCUUUAUUUUUUUUUGAGGUGUGUGUGUGUGUGUGUGUGUGUGUAUAUAUAUGUGUGUGUGUGUAUUCACAAAUACCAACGUGAAUCAUCUAAAUAAGACCGAAAAAAAUCCCAUAAACACAGUAAUACUUGGAGUUAAUACAAAAUAGAAAUAGCAACUAGAAAUAAAUAAUAACCUAAUAUGCAAUCGCGUUGACAACAAAAAGUCACACUAUAUUGAACAAUUUGCUCAACCUAAAUGCACAGUUUGAGUCCGUAAAUAAAGCUUUAAAGAAAUGUAGUCCAUUAUUAGUCGAAAUAGUGGUAAAAUCCAGAUGUGUAGUGAGACAGUCGGAAAGACCUACUGUGCACAUUUCAAAUAACUGCUUGUGAAGCAGAAUGGAUGGCUCAAGCUCCUAACUUCCCUCUUGGACAACGGAUACAGAUGGGGGCACUUGUGAAUUGAGAAGUAAAAGUGGUCGUUCUGCGUGGCGGCUCACAUUGAGCCACUUACUCGGAAUGCCAGGACUUGUCACGGCCUGUGUUCCAGAUUGAGCAUGCCAGAUAGUAUUCCUGCAUCCCAAAUGUCCUUUGUUUUCACCGCACCUUACACGGUGUCAGAUGGAUAGACAUCUCAAGAAUUGAGGACUUGUAUAUACCCUCAGCAAUUUUAAAAAACUGUAUCCCACUAGUGGACAAAUAAUACAGUCAUACAGUAUAAUAUACAAAAUAUAAGAUUUUUUUAAAAACUGCACUAAUUAAAGUGACACUAUAGUUACCAAAACCACUACAGCUUAAUGUAGUAAUUCUGGUGUCCACUGCAUGUCUCUGCUGCAUUGGCUUUGUAAACACUGCCUUUAGUUUAGGAGAGAGAGCCUAGAAAGCACAAAGAGAAAACCAGGCUUCUAUUGUGUAGUAUCCUUUAUUGAAUAAAACAUAAAGUGUAGUUGGCUCGCCACCCUCUCAUACUCACAGGAUGGAGAGGGGAAGAAGGCAUGUAAUCUCCUUAUAGGAGUCCUUUGAAUCUGAUGUGACAAGCUGGAUCUGCUUCCCAGUUUGAUUCUUAUAGUUCAGUGCUGGGGUGUCAGGCGUAUGUCACUUUUCUAACAAUUUACUGUGGAGUCAGUAGUAAAUGCUGCUCGGUCCUUGUGGUUUCCAUAGUUCCAUCUCUGUCUAACUGGUUUGCACGCUAGAUGUUGCUGGGAGAUCAUGGUAUAGGUGUUCACAGGGUCCAAGCUUGGAGACAAAUACGAUGAUAGUUUUCUCCUAUGUGUUUUGUGAGCUCUGCGCUCACCUGUUCAGGAAGCUACGCAUUUUGUGAGCCCUGUGCUCACCUGUUCAGGAAGCUAUGCAUUUCUCGAGUCCUGUGCUCACUUGAGCUACGCGUUUUGUGAGCACUGCGCACACUUAUUCAUGGAGAUGCGUACUUCAGAUAGCUAAGUGAGCGUAGGGCUUGCGAAACGUGAAGGAGCAACCAUUCCCCACAUUUGUGUUUCUUACACUAUAGUGUUCCUUUAAAUAAAUGACUGAAAGUAUAAAUUUUUACGUAAUUACACUUACUUGGGGUAAAACGGGUAAAUUGACCUGUUGGUGAAUAGCAAUACAAUGGGGGUGACGUUGUUAAGGAAAAAACUUAUUGGCUACUUAUUUAUUAUGAGUAGAUCUUAAAGGGAUACACAAAGUUGUAUUCCUAGCACUAUAGCUCCAUCGCGGCACCCCACCUCUCCCCGAUUCCAGCGUUUAUGCCAGGGCACUCCUGGCAUUAUAAACGCAUCCGCACACUGUAGAGGUUAUGGUACAUGGAGUGGUCUUUUACGAGGAAAAUGCAUGUUACCUAAUUAGUAUAUAUUCAGAAAACCAUGAAAUUUUGUUUUAGGUGGAAAUAAUAAACAAAAGAUCUUCUGCAGUAAUUUCAUUAUUCUAUCUUUUUUCUCUCUCUCUAUCUCUAUCUCUAUCUCUAUCUCUAUCUAUCUCAUUUUUAUAGUUCGAAGAUAAAUACAUUGUUGGGAAAUGCUCUGAACAUAAACAAAUGAUUGUACCUCAAAUGAUUCAAACAUACCACCUUGUUAUAUUUACCACUGAAAUUGAGAUUUACCAUAUUCUGUGAAAGUGACUUAAUACUGAUAUUAGAUCCAUAUCCAUUAGGUGUGAAAUGCUCAUUACAGUGCAACCAUCUUUUCUGGUGAUAUUACAUCAUUGAAAAAUCAUCUGUAACGUAACUUUUUGCAUGCAAUGCAUCUUUUUAUACUUUAAUAUGUUUAAUAAAGAUUUAGUAAUUGGCAUCAUAAUCCAAUCCUGGGAAAAGAGACUCUAUGCUCUUGCUAUCCUGUCAGGUGCAAAAAGCAGAACUUAUAACAACAAUUGACAUGGAGCCAAGAUGGAGGUCAGUUCUAGGAUAGAGUAGUGUGGAUUUCUUCAUUUAAAAAAACACUUCAGGUCCUGUAGCCACUAAAUUCUGUUGUAAUGGUUAUAAUGCACUGGUGCCCUCCCAGAGUAUGUAUUUAAUUAGAAGGGGAUGCAGUGGCAUGUGCAUGUCGGAAUCCAAGUUGUCAGUCUGUUUUUAAACAGUUUGACUAUUUACUCUGGGAGGGCACCAGUGCACUCCUAGAAUCGUAACCCCUGCAGCAGACUACAGGGGCUUGGAGGGCUCCCUUACGUUUAUUUUUCAGAUGUCACAAACAUAUAUUAAAUGGGGAAGUCCGCAUAAUAUUUUCAAACCGCAACCACACUUCUUUGGGUUUUUAAGGGGCUCUCUAAACACCAGACCCACUACUGCUUAAUUUAGGGUUUAUGGUGCAAAAACACUGUCCCUGCAGUGUGACGUUUGUAAACACUGCCUUGUCUGAGAAAAUGGAUUGGUUUAGAAUGGAUUGACUUCUUACCUGGGCUCUGCUGUGUGCUAAUUCCUGCCUCCACUACUUCCUAUGGGAAGCUGAUCGCUCAUCAUUUGAGAUUAUCCCGACGGAGUAGGGCUUAACUCUUUGGCUGAGAGUGAUAGACUGACUGACAAUCAACCAGUUAACUGGUUCUGCAUUGCAGGGCUUAUAUCAGGAGAGCUAUUGGGCUAUUGGCUCUUUAUAGGGAGUAAUAGAGGCGGGGAGUAGCAUCCAUCAGACCCCAAGUAAGAGGUCAAACCAUUCUAAAACAGUUUGGCUCAUUACAAUGGGGGGAGGAGGGGCAGGACACAGCACUACAGGCAAAUCUAACUUGGAAUGUAAGCACAGCAGAAAAUAUUGGCAAUCCUUGGCAUGGCCUGAUGCGUGGCUAUGCUAAACUCAGAGCUUCCAUUGACCUAUAAUAAAAAAAAUGGAACAUAGCAAAGAAACUCUUUAUCUCUCACUGCCUCCACCCCCAAUAGGUUGCAUAGGAGCAGGAUUUCAGUUUUGCAGCAAAUACCACUUUUCCAUCUCCCAGUCACAUCUACAGAGCUUCCUGACCUACAACUGAGCACACUGAAGUUUAUGGGGUGCAAUGAAGUUGUCAGAGAGUUGAAUGAUUGAGUGCACUUGUGUAUUAUACGUGCAAAUUACACCAGAUUUCCAAAAGACACAGGUCCAUGUUUGCAUAAAUAUUCACUUGCGAGAUCCUAUGAGAAAAUACCAAGUGCAACUAAUGAAGUAUAGCAUGUUGUUGGUUGAUUAAAUUUAUACAAUGGUAUUUAUCAUUAUGUAAAAUAUAUAAAGCUUUAUUGUUCUAGAAUGUAUAUUUUCCAUAUCUGACGGUAGUUUGAGUAUAUCUUAUUUAUACUCCCAAUUAUGGACACUUCAAAUCAAAAUGUUGAACUUUAAUGUUAGAUUGUUAAUCUCGAUCUUGUAUUCUUCAGUUUUUCUUUUAUUCAACUAUUUAUGAAUAUUAUCGCCACACAUGCAUAUGGCUAUCUCCAUUAUAUAGGUUGUUUUAUGUUUAUAAACCAGUCCCUCGACACUAAUUUCCUCAGUAAAACCCUCUUUUUUAUUUAUUUUUUUUAAACUCUGUUUAUUUUAGAUGGAAGAAUGGAUGCAGACAGUAAUCCUAGUCGAAGACCUUUGAUAAGAGGAAUCCCUUACAAGCUGCAAAGUCCAAAGGUGCCAGAAGAAUCUCUUCUAGAUGAAAACUAUUUUAUGAACUCAGAGGUUCUGGCAGGAAUUCCUGUUGUUGGAAACGAAGAUGAGCAUAAUUACUUGUUGAAGGGCACCACUUCCUCAGCACUGCAUUCCCAGCGGAGCAUGGAAGAGGAGAGGACACGCACUGAACACAGCAUAGAAGGAGAGAGAGAAACUAACAUCAGCAACUUUAGGCUGACCGAUAUUCUCCCCCAACUGAGCAAGGACUCCAUGAUUCAAACAAUCAGAAAGGACUUUAACCUGGCGAGGGAGCGAGAAAUUCAGGAGUCUUACUUACCCAAGGAGCAGGUGCGGGAAGGCGUUUUCCAGGACAAUUACUCCAGAGAAACAGAGUCAAGAUUAAAAGGGAGCUUUGGGACCAAGACCGGUAAGGGCAUUGGAUAGGUUUUUGUUGUGUGGCAAAGACUCCAUUCUUCAGUGGGAGAAUCAAAAAUUGGGACAGUUGCCAUUCAGACACACGUAAAUUGUGUAUAUUUUUCAAGGAUGCAAGUGCUAUAUAUGAGUUGGUAGAGAGGUGUUUUUGUUUUUAGUGUUCUAGACUAGAAGGAUGUCAGAGAAUAAUCCAGGAGUAUGCAAGUAGUCAAACCCUAAGCAUCAGCAUCAAAGCUAAUGCUUUGAUGCUGAGGUCUGCCCGGCAUCUAUUCCAUGAAAGCAAGAAAUAUCUCUACACUGUGCUAGUUCAGGGUGUGCUGGGCUUACCUCAUUUACUGAGAGCACUCCGAAAUGAGCUAGCCUUGCAUGACAUGGUUUAGCUAAGGAUAGCUAACGGAAACUCUGUGCAGGAGCCUCCAGAUCUCAUUGGUUGAAGUGAUCAGCACCUGGCAGACCCCAUGUAAGAAUGUCAGAAAGCCAAAUGGUACAGGGAAUGUCUCCAUGAGGAACUUCUACACAACUAUCUUACCUAGAGUAUGGUUGUAAAGUAAGCAAAAUAAUUUGUAUGCUAGAAGAUUAAUUGGAAUGGUAGGGUUUUUCUCGGUAAAAGCACCAGACAUAUAUUUGCACUAGACACCUUAAUUAAUAUUGAGUUAACCCCGCUUCCCUCUCUUCCCCCACACUGCAGAAGCAUUUAUUUUCUUAAAGUGCCACUAUAAGGUGGUCUGGGUGCAGUGGCCCUGUUCUUUCAGUCCCGCAAAUGAAAUUUUGUAGAAACUGCAAUAUUUUAUUGCAGGGCUAAACUCGCAUAUAGGGUUCCAUCAACUUUGCAUGAUUUGUAAUCAUUGGACUGAGGAUUUUGUUUUUCCCCCCCAGCAUAUUUUUUUUACCUAUAAUUAGCUGCAUUGUGGCCCUACCUUUUAAAGGUUCAAGUAUAAAUAAUGUGUAUUGUCUAUGAAAAUGUUUGCUGUAUACACUCAAGUUUUACUGUUGACUAUUUUAAUUUCCCCAGUCAGUAACUUACCCUUCAUAUAACAUUUUCAUAUGACGUAGAAGUGUGCCCCAUGUCACUGUUACAUUUUCCUUUUCAUCAUUCGUAUGAAUACUUCUUACUAAUCACCAAAAUAAAGCUUGUUAAAAAAGAAAAGGACACUAAUUUUGUUGCUAUAUAUCUGCAACAUUACCUGCUAGGAACAUAAGAAUUUAUGGAAAUGCCUGUGGUGCUUGGCAAGGACUCAUUUCUGCAUGUCACAGUGGUCCUUGUGUCAUUCCUGAUAUCUUCAAUUGGUUUCAAUUCUGACACUGGAUGCUGUACUACUAGUUAAAUUUAUUUUUGUUGUUAUAAUUGCAUCGUUUUGAUGCAACCCGAAGCUGAUGAGUGCUUGUUUUAAACAUAUUCACAAAUUUUGGAUUUGAAAAAGUGAUGCUACUUAGUGUACCCCUUUUUGGUCUAUCUUUUUUUUUAAUGAAUGAGAUAAUGUAUUAUCCCACUGUCACUAGCGAUGGCUGUUGGAAGUGACAAAACUUUCAAUGAAGUGGUCUGGGUUCAAUGGUACUGUCAUGUCAACCCUGCAAUGUAAACCAUUGUUGUUUUGUGCUUUCUCUACAAUGGGCGAAUACAACUCUGUCAUGUUACUUAAUGCAGCUUGUAGGAAAGUUUUGAAUGUAUGCUUUCAUAGGAGAAGCAUUUAGAUGCACGUGCCACGCAUGUGUAUCAGUCCCCAAUGCUCCUCUAUGUGCAGCAUUGAAUUGGACCAUUUUCUCAAGAUGAUGGUGGAGCUAGAGAAUAGGUAAAAAAAAAAAAAAAAAGUGGGGUAAUUUCUUUCCUCUUUCUAAUUUUUACUCCAAACAGGGGGGUGAGAGAGGUGCUAUAACUGAUCAUGCAGUAGGACAUUGCAGUAUUAGAAAUACAAACCUGUAUUGCAAACACGAUGUGUUCCUUUUAAAGUUUUAAAGUAAUAAGCUGUAUCCAUAUUUCUCUCUCAUAUUGUUUGUAAUGGUUCAUUAUGUUGCAUCCCCAGAAUAACUGUAAAACUACAAAAGAAACUCCAUGUCUAAGCAAUAUAUAAGCGUUCCAGUAUGUCUAAAGUGAUUGUUUUUUUUUUUGUUUUUUUUGUUUUUUAGGUUUUAGAGAAUAUAUGGUAUUCUUUACUAUGAGCAUAGCGAUAGAAGUACCGUUUUCAUCAAACAUAGUUUGUGUGACAACAUACAAAUGGCCACAUACAUUGUUCAUGGAAUCUUCACAUAUGUUUAUACUGUAUGUUUUAGUCAUUUGAAAAAAUAAGAAUAGUUGUUUUUUUGUUUUUUUUUUUUUCUGGUCUAGGUCAAAUGGAGGAUUCACCGCGGUCACAGUUGGUGGCGCAGGCCCCUGAUAGCAGUUUCAGGGUAAGUAAAAUUGUGUUUUUUGUGUGAUGAUGUGAGUAUUUCUGCAUUCUGUGAGUAUAUUCUAAAAAAAACACCAAUCUCUGCGAUUGCAUGUCCCAAAUGUUGAUAUUGUGUGAAUACUAACCUGGAAAACUAUAUUAGAAUUUAAAAUCCAGAAUUAUUUCUUUUGAUGGAUUUGUUAUUGUUAAUGUUCACAAAAUAAUAUUAAACACUUUGUGGGAAGUCAUAACUCAUAUUUCCCAUUUAUUCUUGGUUCACCUCUCUAUAUAAACUGGUCUAACUGUACCAUCCUUUUAAUACUAAAAUAAAUGUUAGAACAAAAUAGUCACAAAGUGCACAAUUGUUUGCUUUCAUAACAGAACAAAAUGGAAACAGAAAGUAAUAAUCAUACCUUUCUAUUAGUGAUGCAUUCCAUUAGGGAUCGACCGAUUAUCGGUCUGGCCGAUAUUAUCGGCCGAUAUUUGGUAUUUUCGGCAAUAUCGGUAUCGGCCAAUUCAGAUACCGAUAUUGCCGAUAAUAUAUAACAGGACCGCCGUGCACAUUAGAAGCCCGGCGGUCCUGUGGGGGCCAGCCGCAAGCGCUGACUUACCUUGCAUGCAGCUCUCUGUGUAAAUCUCGCGAGACCCGCGGCCGCAGAGCGUUGCCACGGGUUACCAUGGCAACGCUCCGCGCGGCACUAAAAGCCGCGAGAUUUACAUAGGGAGCUGUAGGAGCUGCUUGCAAGGUAAGUCAGCGCUUGCUGCUGCUGAGCCACCACUGUACUUAACAAGCCACUGGACCAGGGAAUACUAUAUCCCCCUCCCUGGUAAGAAGCAGGGAGGGGGGACUAAACAAAAAACAUUUCAAUAUUAAAAAAAUAUUAAAAUAAAAAAUUACACAAAUUACAUCACUACACACACACUGCACACAUACUGCAUUACAUACACACUACACAAACACAGUACACAUACUGCAUUACAUACACACACACUACACAGGCACACACACUGCAUUACAUACACACUACACAAACACACUACACAAACACACACUGCACACAUACUGCAUUACAGACACACACUGCACACACUAAACACAUACUGCAUUACAUACACACUACACAGACACACUGCAUUACAUACACACUACACAAACACACACUGCAUUACAUACACACUACACAAACACACACUACACAAACACACACUGCAUUACAUACAUACACACUACACAAACACACACACACUGCAUUACAUACACACACAAAAACACACUGCAUUAUACACACACACUACAUAAACACACUGCAUUAUAUACACACUACACACACUGCAUUAUAUACACACACUCUGCAUCCACUACACACACACACACACUACACAAACACACACAGUUCCCCUGUCUAAACACACUUCAUCCACUACAUGUGGCAUGUAUAUUUUGUGCAUUUACCUUUCGAAUUAGUUUAUUUAUUCAAAAUAGUAAAUGUACAGAAUAUCGGCAAGAUAUCGGCUAUCGGCCUGAAAGUUCGCAGAGUAUCGGUAUCGGCUCUAAAAAAUCAAUAUCGGUCGAUCCCUACAUUCCAUACGAAGUAGUGACCACCUCAUCCUCUAUCUUUUAUUUGUUCCAGGAGUCUGGUUAUGCUUACAGCAGCAAGUCACCAAUGGGGGAGAGCCUUGGUAACUCUUAUAAUUCUGGUGUCCGGAUAAAGGAGGAACCAAUGGAUGAAGAUUAUGACAGAGCUUUAGCGCCUCCUCCUGGCUUUGUGGAUAAAAUUAAGGAUGAGCCAGAUAACACAGAGGUAAAUGUUUGUUGAAUGAACAAACACGUUUGCAUGCUGGGAUAUUGUUGUGGUGCUGAAAUGUCAAAUGUUUUAUUUUGCUACACAUGGUCAUGCGUUUUACUCUGUCACAAUAUGAACUUAAAAUAGUGCAUACAUUUCUCUCCCUCCCACUUUCAUUCUCUGUUGCACAUAUAAAAUGAUAAACUUAGUCUUGCUUUGACAGCACUAAAUUAAUAAUUCUAUCUUUUUCACAACUGUGCUUUUGGCAUACUACAUAGCAAAAUAACAAAAAUAUAUUCAAAAACACAGUUCAUUGGAAAUAAAGACACAAAUUAAGUUCCCAUCAAAUCUUUUGCCUUUGAAGUUUCUGUAAUAAGCUCUCAAACCAAGAAGUUUUUAGGGCAUGCAUGCCAACUAAACCUUCUAUAGCUCUGCUUAGCUUCUGCCUUUAGCAGUAGUUUAGGAGCACAGUAGGACUUGUUGGUUUGUUGCUUUCUACUUUAGUAUUCAUGAAAUUGAGUUAAAAAAAUAAAUAAAAAAUCCUGCAGGUUUGGAAGCUCAGAUAAAAUGCACUUAUUUAUAAAAAAAGUCCAUAACAAACAUGAGCUGAAGGAGAUAAAUCCUAGUCUACAAUUUUGAAAUCUUCAAUAAAUUCAAAAAAUAUGGUAAUUGCAUUGUUGGUAAGCAUUACUGAGAUACCUUAAUGUCUUUUGGUUUUCUUGAUCAAGAGGCUCCGCGUGUGCAGUAAUCUAUUGUAGCCACUCUGAAUUUCCACAAAAAGCCGAAUACUGCUUGUUUCCUGUAUUUGUCGAGAAUAUAGAAACUUUUUGCCAAGUCUUUGUUUUUUGUCUGUUUUCCACCACUAAUAAUUCACUGGGAGAAGUAUAGGUAAAUGCUAAAUGCCUUGUCUCAGACUUUUAUUAUUAUAUUUCUUUAUACUUUACAGGAAUAUUCCCAGCAGCCAAAAACAUCUGAUGGGGAGUUGAAAAUCAGUGCAGUGUUUUCUGUCAGUGGUAGCCCCCUGGGUGAGUACUGGCUACAUGUUUCUUUCUCUGUAUGUGUGAUUUAUUUAAAAACAUUUGGAGUUCUAAUGUCAUGAUACUACCAGGCCAGACAUGCAGAAUAGGAAUAGAGAAUGCAAAUAUGUUACCAGUCCUUGGGGUUGGCCAGGCUUAACACAGAGACAGGUUAAAAUAACCUGAUUAACAGCCGAAGGAAUAGUCUAUGAACAAGCCGGAGAGAAGAAAUGAGUUAACAAGCUAGAGUCAAGGAAUAAGGGAAUGGCAAAUGGUCAAGGAACUGGUUGGAGUAAAAAAUACCAAGAAUCAGAAUGCACUUUUGGAGCACCACAAGGGAAAACUACGAAAGAACACAGUAUAACUUGCAGAAUGGGAUUACAUAUCCCUAGAGAACGUCUGAUAGGUAGGCCUAAUUUCCGUGCUUCAAAAUUCACUUCAGAAAGUCCAGUCAUGAAAUAUAGUGACCAGCAUCCAAAAUGCGCUGGAGUGCAUGGCAAAAGGAUGCAUUGGAAAGGGUGCCCGAACAGGUACAAUUACAUCUCCUUAGCUAACAAUGACUUUACCUGAUCAUUACAUUUUGCUACAGGUUCAUUUAUAUAAUUAAAUUUGUUUGAUUUCCAUAACUGAUAGCACUGGAACAAGAUAGAAGAGAUCAUAAGACAAGCAGGGGCUACUUUGUCUUAUAGAUAAAGGUUGAUUAAAAGACAGAUUUCUGCUGUUUUAUUUCUAAGCAGCCUUUCCUAACAAUGAUUUUGGAAAAAGUAAUCUUCUCAUGCAUAUUCACUGUGUGUAGUUAUUGAGAGGGUCUAAUGGCCUCUUAAAUACGCUUCAUUUGCACUCUUGCAAGAUGCAAGAGCUCUUUAGUGAUUGACCUUCUAGUAAAUGUAAACGGGACCUGAAGAUAAAUUCCAGUAAGAAGACAAUGGAAACCAGAGAGUGAGAAUUUUAAGUUAGUAUCUCUUUAGUGUCUUCCAUUGCUGUUGCAGUACAAACGGACUUUUUACCUCAAGUUACAGUACUGCUUUACUAUACAUAAAAAUAUAAAAUUUCCUUGGGUAUUUGGGUUGCUCUACUUCUAUUGUAAUAGAAGAUGGAUCUAAUUAUUUACAUUAACAAGCUGUUGUAUAAUGCUGUGAACUUAUUAUUUAAAGGGUUCCUUCAAAAGUGUUACAUUGAUGGUAGGGUAACACAGGUUAAACAGUUGUCAUGAGACUAGAAACACAAAGUUUCUAACGCUCUUUGAUACAUUUCUGAACAGUAGGAAAGAAAUAAUUAAUGUAAGUGUGGCAAAUGGGACAAUAGUAUAUGCAAGUGAGGCAUAUGGGACACUCUAAGCACCAAAACAACUUUAGCUUAAUGAAGCUUUUUACUGUAUAAAUCAUUCCUUUGAGGUUUUGCUGCUCAAUUCUCUAUUUUGGAGUUUCAUCACUUUUGUUUCUGUUUAUGCAUGCCUAGAUAUACCUCCCCUGGCUGUUACUCACACAACCUAAACUUAAAAAAAUGGUUAAAUUUUCAAUCAGAUGUUACUGAACAGUGUGUUAUCUUUAGAAGUUAUCUCCUACUUUAUUAAUUGAACAUUAAUCAAACCGAUGAGACUCAUUCAGGUUAUUAACAGAGCAGCAGAUUAGAAAUUCUAAAUUAAACAGACUCUGCAAUAAGAAAAAGUUUAAACUUUAGAUUAAUAUAUAUUAUUUAUUUGUAUUUUGGAUCAUGACCUAUUUGCAUUAUAAAAUGUUAACCUGCUUCUUUUCUUGCUUAGCCCCUCAACUCUCCAGUGGCUUGCAAGCACCAAUCAGCUCUCCAGGAGCCACAAAGUCCCUCCCUGCAGUCCCUGCUGUCCCCCCAACAGCUGUCAGAGUAUCUUGUUCAGGCUGUAAAAAGACUUUGCAGAAAGGACAGACCGCAUACCAGCGGAAAGGGUCUACACAACUAUUCUGUUCCACCCUCUGCCUUACUGGCUACACCGUGCCUCCGCCAAGACCCAUUCAGCCACCUGCUCGGAGGACAUGCUCAAGUUGCACAAAGUAAUAGUGAUUUUUAGUUUUUGUCAUAUAUUGCUUUCAUUAAACUCCUCACUUUUAUUAUGGCAGAUUUCCUUUUGUCUUUGGAAAAAUAAUGGCACACAUUCCAAUAACAAUCAUUUUAAUAAUUAUCAAUUGUAAAUUGGUCAAGUAAUCAGCCCCUCGGCACAAAUACAUUAAUGCAUUGUUAUAUUAUCAGAGAUAAGAUUUUGCAUGUGCACUUUUCCCUCAUGUAUGUAAAUGUCUUUGUCAGGUGAUUGUAACAAAGGUUCAGCAUGUCAGAUUAUGCCCGGAAACUAAUUGCAUUCACAAUUGUAAGCUGUCAACCAUUUUAAAAAUGUUUAAAAAAAAAAAAAACAAGAUUGUGCGUGGCAUCAUGAGCUUGGACUUUGUCGCGUGAAUAAUGUAGAAACUACACCCUGCGUUUUUGGUACAGAUGAUACAAAUCUGACUGGUUUAGCGGGAGACCGUGCCCAUAGCUUCAUGGCACUACAAUAAUAAAUCCUAGUUCUGGUUGUUCAUGUCCCUUUAAAAUUGUAGGUAUACGAUUGUAGAAUUGUAUACACUAUGUAUUAAAUUAUAGGGACAAUACAGUCACCAGAAUAUAUACAACUUAAUGAUGUUUUGUUUUACGGGUUACAUCUUAACCCCUUCAAGACGGAGUCAAUAGUACACGUUCUGAUCAAAACAAAAUGUAAACAAAAACUGGAAUUUGCGCUAUAUGUCUGUUCAACCGUAAUUCGCCUCUUUCAUAUUAAGUGCACCCACACUUAUUAUAUAUCGUUUUGUUCAGGAGAAAAAGGUCUUUAUUACUCAUGUUCACUAUUCAUAUAUGAAACAUAAUUUAUUAUGUAUAAAAUCAAAACAACUGUGAGAAAUUAAGAUUUAUUUAAAAAUUGUAGUUCCGCCUGACAUUUUAGCUGUAGAUGUCAUUAUACUGUUAUCUUUGCUGAAUACAAAUAUGUGCAUUUUAUUGCAGUAAAAGUCUCAUGAGUACAACAGUACCUCCCCAUUGACAGAUUUUAUGAUGUUUUGGAAAGUUACAGGGUCAAAAAUAGCACAUUCCAUUUUUCAUUUUUUUUACAUUAAAAUUUGCCAGAUUAGUAAUGUUACCUUUGAGACUGUGUGGUAGCCCAGGAAUGAGUAUUGACCCUAUGAUUGCAUAUCAUUUGCAAAAGUACACAACCCAAGGUAUUACAAGUGGGGUAUGUCCAGUCCUUUUUUUUUUUUUUUUUUCAUUCAAGCGGUUUUAUUGAUAUUUUUCAAUAACAGGGAUGUUAUAAUGCAUUGUUUAGAGCAUGGUGUAUGCAGUCUCACAGGGCAUAACAGUAGUGGUGAUAUAGUUUUACAGUACAUUACAAAGUAGUCACUAUUAUACACAUUUGGUGUAGUGUGUAGUUGGAGAGUUUCGUGCGGUGUCCAUUGGUACAGUAGGAAUUGGUUGACAGAUGUAAAAGUGCAAAACAAUACAUGUAGGUCAGCGUUCGUAAAGGUCUAAAACGGACAUCUCGGUCAUCCAUACUCGAAACCAGUGUUGUGGUGCCUUAGUGUUAUUUAUCUCAGUUCGAGGCUGUGGCAGGGUUAGGGGGUAAUCGGGCCCUCUAUGCGCCUUUGUGGAGGUGUAGGUGCAGUAGGUGUAGUCGUAUAUAUGUGCCGUUAGUGUUGUUGUUUAGUAAUUUGGAGGUUAAUAGCCUAUGGUCCCAGUGGGUAGACAGCACUCCUUUUAUCUGGUGUUGUGUUCUGGUCUUUGAGUCUGGCCUCGUUCUCCCUGGUUCCCGGCCCCUACCUCCCCAUAUCCACUUUCAGGGUUCAGUGUUGUCUCGGGGUAGGUUCAAGUCCUGUCUCGUUUGGCAGUGUAUGCACCGGGGGUACUGAGUUGUGUAGGGGGGGCAGGAGUUCCUGGGUGUUUUCCCUCCACCUUCCCGCUUAGGCCUGGUGUUGUCUUUUGGAGGUAGGGUUGGUGGGGAUAAAACGGUUGGUCUGUCCGGGUAUUGUUGGACCCGUUAUAGGUUUGGCCUGGUCAUUAUAGUUGGCUUUUGUCUGGAUCAGGGUUAGGGGUUUGUCAGUGGUGCAUCAUGGUGAUGGGUGCGACUGGUGGAGGUGGUGUGUGGUCUUAGUGUUAAGGGUGUGGUAGGGUGGGUGUCUUGGGUUGUGCGGCGGUCGAGUCUUUUUUAGUCACAACCACUGGCCAAAGUUAGCGUUCAUAUUUGUUUUUGUGUGAAAAAAGAAAAAAACUAAUAUUCGGCCAGUGUUUGUGACUAAGUGGCUACUAGAAAUGACUGGACAUACCCCAUUUGCAAUACCUUGGGUUGUCUACUUUUGCAAAUGGUAUGCCAUCAUGGGGGUAAUUCUCAUUCCUGAGCUACCAUACGCUCCCAAAAGCAACAUUACCAAACUGACAAAUUUCAAUGUGAAAAAAAAAAUGAAAUGCAAGUCUUAUAUUUGACUCUCUAACUUUCCAAAACACCAUAAAACCUGCACGUGAUGGAUACUGUUAUACUCGGGAGACUUCACUUAACACAAAUAAACAGUAAAACUUAUUACAACAAUAAUAUCCUCAUUAAAAGUGCCGUUUGUGUGUGAAAAGUGCAAAAAACUUCACUUUUACUGAAAAUAUCAUCGUUGUAGUUGAAACCCUAAUAUUUGUGUUCAGCGAAGUCUCCCGAGUAAAACAGUACCCCCGUGUACAGGUUUUAUGGUGUCUUGGAAAGUUAUAGGGUUAAAUAUAGUGCUUGCGAAUUAUAUUCUCUGCACAUUCUGCCUGGGUUGUCAGGCACGUCAAUCAAAUUUUAAUUAAUUAAAUCACAUAAUUAUGUUAAAAGAAUACUUAAAUUUACACGUUGAAUUAUAAAAUAUAUAUAUGUAUGUAUUUAAAUUCUACGUGUAUAGUUAUGUAAUUUAUGUAAAUAUAUAUUUAUUUGCGGUUAUUUAUAUUUUAUAGAUGGAUAUAUAUUGAAUGACAUUCUAUAUAUCUCUAUCUAUAAAAUACAAAUAACCGCAAAUAAAUACGUGUGUGUGUGUAUGUGUGUAUAUAUAUAUAUAUAUAUAUAUAUAUAUAUAUAUAUAUAUAUAUAUAUAUAUAUAUAUAUAUAUAUAUAUAUAUAUAUAUAUAUAUAUAAAAUUUAAAAAAAUAUUUUAUUUUUAUUGUAAUUCUAAGUAUAUAUAUAUUAUAUGUAACUUUAUUCUAAGUGUAUUUUAAUACUAAUAUAUGUACUUAUAUUAACAUUAAAAUAACUACGUAUGACGUUACAUAAAAUAUAUAUUUUUAUAUAUAUUUUUUUUUUUUCAUACUUACCACCAGCAGGGAGACUCUGACAGCCCAUGCAGUCCCCCUGCAGGCAGAUCCACAGCCAGCUAUAGGGGACCAUGUGAUCAUUCUUUGAGAGCGAUCACAUGGCCCCCGGGGUCAAGUCGUGGACCUCCAGGGGUAGAAAGCCGUUACAGCGUUCUAUGCCGCCGCAACGGCUUUAAAGCCCAUUAUAAUGGGGAUGGCAUAGCGUUAAGGGGUUAACGUAGUUGUUCUGGUGAGUAUAGCCUGUCCCGGCAGUGCUUACAUUGCUCAAUGCAUCUGUAUGAGGAGAUGCUGACUAGUCAAACCGGCGUUUGGCCAUGCCCCGACUCCUUGACAAUGUCACCCAAUCCAAUGCUUCUAAUAUGGAGAAGGCGAAUCCGGGGCAAGCCUAGUAACAGCAGACCCGCAUGAUGCUGGAAGUAAGGCAAGCCAACUAAAUUGUGGCUUUAACAGUGUAGGGUCAGGAAAACAUUUUUUGUGUUCCUGAGCUUAGUGUUCCUUUAAAUUGGUUUUCUUGAUUUGUUCAUUGCAAGAAUGCAUAAAUUAAAACCAUUGACCUGGAAGAAAGCAUUUAGCAUCUGGCAUUUUGGUUACGUUAACCCAAUUUACAAACUUGUUACAUUAUUACAUUAUUUUUGUUUUGUCCAAUAUUGUGAAACUUAACACCUUUUGCCUCAUCAUGGUCCUGCUGAAUUGUUCACUUUUUUAUCUGUAUAAUUUGUGGGGUUAGUAGCUCUGUUUGUGACUUUUAAUAUCCUAUCUUAUUUUUGCUGUGCUCACCAUUUUCCCAAUGGUUGUUUUACCCAGAUACAUUUCAGAUCCCAAGGAUGUCAUCACAGCCCAGUUUGACAAUCCUAGUGGCAGCAAGGAUUUUUGCAGCCAGUCCUGCCUUUCAACUUAUGAACUCAAACGGAAACCUAUUGUUACCAUCCAUACAAAUAGCAUUUCCACAAGGUGCAGUGUGUGUCUGAAGAAUGCGGUGGUAAGUGGAUACACUUUCAAAACAAACUUGAAGAUGGUAACAAUACAGAUCUUCACAAAUCUUUCUAAAAUCUUGGAUCAGGGCAGUUGAGGGCACCUAUUGUGCGAAGUACAAUCUAUAAUAUUCAUCAACUUUUAUAUAUUUAUUUCAAAUGUUUAUUUUUAAGUAAUAAUAAUAAAAAUAACAAUUAUAAAUUUUUGUCAAUGUUGUUAGUCAAUAAUGUAUAAACAGUAUGAUAUAAGGAUAUUGACAUAAUAAAAUAGAUCUUUGUUAUGGAUAUAUUCUCAAUAGUAUAGUUAACAUUAAAAUCAUAACUGGGGAAAAAAUAACAGAAUAGAAAAACUGGGGGAAAAUGAAUAUAUAUGAUAUGAAAUCAUUAAAUUUGAAAAAAAUGUGUAUGAAGAAAUAAAAUGGUUUUUAAAUCAUAUAUGUAUAUUUGCAUAGGUGUCAUAUUUUAAGUGACAAUCAUGGUAAAUAACGAGUCAAACAAAAGUGGUAAGAUGAUUUUUCCAUUUACUUAGGUCUCUCAUGAGGAAUCUUAAAAUAUCUGUGUGUGUUUGAAAUGAAUGGAACAUUUUGUGUGCACUUAUGCACAGUAGACUUGUGCAAGAAAUAGUUUUUGCCGGUUCGUCUAAAGCAAACUCCUUUCUGAGUAAAUCAGUCCAAUCUAGACUUACCCGUAGAGUGUUAUUCAAUGAAUAAGACUCAAGAGGUAGAUCCUGAGCAACUUCGAAUGUUGAUUUAAAAAGUUGUUUUGGACUAAUUGCAUGAAACCAAGUGUUGCACAAGUUUAAUGCUUCGUAUGAACAAACCCCCUUAAUCAUAUCUAUCUGUUAAUAAAGAUUAGACUGGAUAUUAGCCAGCCAUAACAAGGAUAACCAGUGCCCCAAAAGACUAGAAUGCACAGAUGAAAAAAGUCCACCUGCCCUCCCCUAAAAAUAUAAGUAUAAGAUUUAACAAUGAGAACAUAAGUUAUGCUUGUGAAGAUUCCUACCAGAGGAGAAUGAGAAUACAAGUGUUGUUUGCAAUGAAUGGAACAACACCAACACUACUAGCUAAAAUUGCACUUGAGCAUGCAUAGCAGCUCAUGUCUAUGUGACCAACCGGGAGACUAUUCUAGGUGCCAUAUCACACUUGGAUUCUGGAUUUGUGAAGUCUUGACGUAAAUUGAAAGUAUUCUGUUUUUCCUAAACUUCUUUUUGAUGCAGGAAAUCAUUGUACCUCCAUGUUGUUUCUGUAUUUAUUCUUCUAUUCUCUCUCUUUCCUGGUUUUGUUUCUUUGAUUUUAUCUAUUUGAUUUCCUCUUUUUAUUCUUUGCUGUUCAUGUUGACCUAUACACAAUAUAUAUAUAUUUUUUUAACUACUCUUUUUGCUCUGUAGAUCCGACAUGAGGUGAACUACCAGAAUGUGGUCCAUAAGCUUUGUAGUGAUACCUGUUUUUCUAAAUUCCGAUCUGCUAACAACUUAACUAUGAACUGCUGUGAAAAUUGUGGAGGAUACUGCUAUAGUGGCUCAGGUCAAUGCCACCUCUUGAACAUUGAUGGACAAUGCAAGAAGUUCUGCAGUUCUACAUGUGUCACUGCUUUCAAACAGGUAAACUCCAGUUAUCUUCUUUGCACAUUUGAUUCCAAGUAAUUGAAUAGCAGUAUUGAACUAUGAAGAGUUAAUUGAAUUUUAUAAUAUCCACUGAAUUUGUGUGUUUUGUGAGCCUGUGGCUUGGAUGUAUGCAUCCAAUCCACUAUCACAUUAACUCGGCAUUUUACACAGUAGCAAAAAGAGGUAUUCAUAGUACAUACUGUAGGAACAGGCUAAACCUCUUCAAAUAACUUAGCUAACCAUUUUCAUUUUCUCUUUAACCCCUGUGGUCUGUCCUGCUUAUUGAUAAAUAUUACUAAUGGACAGACAAAUCCUGACUCCUUAAUAUUAUGUAAUCUUAUGUUUUGUGGACCCAGGACAUACUUGAAAACGAGGGAAAUCUCAAUUUAUCUUUCCUGGUAAAAUAUUUUAUAAAUAAUAUAAGACUUGUUGAUUGACAAAUAAUAGACAAAACCAUUACACUAAAGAGACACUAUAAGAGAAACUACAUAUUGUAGUAGAAUACAUAGGUAUAUUUCAGAGAAAAGGCAGUGUUUACAUUACAGCCAAGGAACACCUCUAGUGGCCACUCCUCAGAUAACCACUGGAAGUCCUUCCUGGAUCCGUGCUGCACAGCACUUGAUUCAAUACAUCUCUUUGAGGAGUUUCUGAUUGGCCAGGGUUAGGGUUUUGCUCUGCCCCAAGCCCCCCAUUGGCUGAGAUCAUCAAUUCUAAUUGUCAGCCAAAGAAGCAUAUUGAUGGUGAAGCCAACUAAGGUGGACCCGCACGGCUCUGCAAAUAAGGUGAGUUUUACUUCAGAGGGGCACGGGGGGGAUAUAUAGCUUAGAACCAUAGGGUCAGGAAUAUAUGUGUUUUUUUUUUAUUUUAUUAUUGCUUAAAGGAUCAAUACAGGGUCAGGAACACAAACUCUGUUAAUUAGACUGUCCUCUUACCUGAUAGCCGAGUGAGGGCCAGCUUACUGAAGUUCAGGUGAAGAAAGAAACAAAAAAUAUAGCGUCACAGGAUAUAUUCCAUCACUGCUUCUUACUUAAAAUUAAUUAUUUUAUUCAUCUAAUGUAGUUAAAGCGGCACUGUCAUGCCGGACUAGCCUUUCCUUAAUCGCUUCCUCUCUCAGGAUCUAUUCAUUUCUUCCUAUCUGCUCCAGUUUUCAUUAAAACAUAAGACAAAGUAGGGACUAUUUUGUCUUAUGCGUAUUUCCUACGCCUGACCAGGGGAGGAGCAAAGUGUGCUCCAUUUCCUGUGGUCGGAGAAAUUUUCCCACCAUUCUCACCUUUCCUCCGUGAUCUUGCGAUGUUUCCUUUCACUAUUCCCGAACGUUCUGUCAUUUAGGCAGAACGCCGGGGAAACUACCGAAUUUCGUACUAACAGUAUGAGAACAGAGUGUUAAUUCAUGUUAGGACGACAAUCGGUACUUUUAGGUGCGUUAGAAAUAUAAUUUGAAUGAAUGAAAUUCCGAUCCGUGCUGCGGCUGCAUCUUGUCUCUAUCAUUUCUGAAAGUUUUUUUUUCUAUUUUUUAUUGCUUUCUAAUCAAUUUGUUGUCCUUCUUUCCCUUUCCAACAGAAAUCCGCUAAGAUCACACCCUGUGCCCUGUGCAAAACGUUCCGUUCUUCAGCAGAAAUGAUAGAGAACACAAACAGCAUGGGCCGCACAGAAUUAUAUUGUUCUGUCAACUGCUUGUCUGCCUAUAGGGUACAGAUGGUCACUUCUUCGGGUAAGGAACAUAGUUUGACACCAUUGAGAUUUCUACAGAAAGGGUCAAUAUUUAGCCAUGCAAUUAAAACUCUAGCUAUGUUGUACUAUACCUAUUAUUUGCUAUACAUAAACUACAAAAACAAACUUCUAGGGCAGGCGGAGUCUGACCGCCAUGGUGAUAAGAUGCCAAGCACUGGAGCUUCGUGGCAGGAACUUAUAAGUAAGCCUUUUGCUGAGCAUUAUUUCCCGCAUCCUAUGAUAUAUACUCGCCUCAAAUGAAGCUGUACCUCGGUGCAGCACAUCAAGCUACCAGUUCAGUCGGAUGUGGGGGCAGACCUUAGGCCUACCAGAGAUCUAUUGUGGUGGGGGGUGCUGCCUAUCCCUCCGCCUACUAUCUCUGCUUCCGUGACUCCAUGGGUCUUCCCCCAAUUUUUUCUUCCCAGUUUUGUUUUACCCUAUACGCUGAUCUUUAACAUGCUACUUGUUCUCUGUUAUUUCGCUAUACAUGCAACUUCUCUUACUGCACCAUUUUUUGUUAGAAAAUUAUAGUAUUUCAGACAUGGUUGCGGCAUUUUAUUUAACAUUUUAUUUGCAAUGUCCCUGAUAUUUAAAAAAAAAAAUAAAAAAUAAAAAUUCCAGUUAUGUUUAAGAUGUUUUACUAAAGACAAGAGCAGACAGUUUUUUCAGACCUUAUAUCAUAAGAAAAUUAGUCAUCUUUCAUUACAACAAUCCCUAAUCUCUUUCUAUUUAUUUUUGCUGAAGGUGUACAGGUUCAGUGUAACAGCUGCAAGACUCUGGCUGUGCCCCAGUAUCACUUGGCAAUGUCUGAUGGGAGCAUCCGCAAUUUUUGCAGUUACAACUGUGUGGUGUCAUUCCAGGUGAGACUUCAGUUGAAUGAGGAAGUGUACUUGGGUAUUCUGGCACCCCUGGCCUCUGAACAAUAAUACUUUUUUUUUUUUUUUUGUGUCUUCCUCUAUUCCACCACCAUUCCAGUAUUGCACGCCCAUGCUGUCAUUCAUGUACACUUGCACAUUCAUAUUGCAUGUAUUUACACACAGACACGUACAUAUACACACUGAUUCAUACACAUACAUUCUAACAUCCAUACAGGCAUGUAAUUAAAACCUUAGCCAUGGUGCCUAUUGGGGAGUUGCUGGGAUCACUCUAUCUACUGAUUGCUACCCAGCUCCUUGCAGAUUAGCACUGAUCACUACUGGGCAAUUUUGGGAAGCUGGUUGGUGACCAGUCAACAUGAAGCACACCCUUUUCUUAUAAAAUUGUGUACUUCAGGCAGUCAGUACAUCUCCCCGUUUCUAAAUUAGAGUUCAUAUUUCAGUUUGCUGUUUAUCAGAAUAAAUCUGUCACUCUUUGUAGGUAUCACCUCUGCGAAACAGUGCUUUCAUAACCUGGUGUUGGGUGUGCACUAGUCUAUAAAGGUGCUGUUUAGUAGACUUGUUAGUGCUUUAUUAUUAACAACCCUUGUGGUGGCUAAAAUAUGAGAUGACAUUUGUUUUUUUCAUAUAUCUGCUGGAAAGGCAUCUGCAGUUAGUUCAGAUAUUGGUUUUAAUGGUCUGUUUCAGUACCAAAACACAGACAAUAUUUUUAACGUGGAAAAGAAUAGUGUGUUUUGAACUUGGUAACGGUAUUCAUUAGUUUUCAUGCUAUACAUCACUUAUUUUAAUCUUGCUUGAUUGAACUUUUUAUGAUUGCAUCAAAUGUGACCUGAACACAUAUUUCAGAUUGUUCUACUCCAUGCUUGUCUGGCAAAUACUAAAAUAAUGUGUUUUCCUUCCAUCUACUUACAGAACCUCUUCAACAAGCCGACUGGUAUGAACGCCUCUGUAGUCCCACUGUCCCAGGGCCAAGUUAUCGUGAGUGUAUCAGCAGGAGCAACAACUCAAGCUGGGAACACCACUCCAUCUGUAGUGUCCGCAACAUCCACCUCCUCAUCGUCAUCUGUUAGCAAUUCUGCAGCUGUUGGCUUACAGAGGUUGGCAGCACAAUCACAAUCCCAGACACCUUCGCAACAGCCGCCUCUUCCGCAGCAGCAGCAACAGCAGCAAGGCUCCUUCUCGCGAGCCGCGGUGAAGCUAAGGUGCCAGCAUUGCAAUCGGCAGUAUGCCACCAAACCAGAACUUCUAGAUUUCAAGGUAUAAAAAAAGCAUAUUAAGAUUUAUUUGUCAGGUUAAAGUGCUUGGCAAAAAAAAAAUAUUCUUGUCGAAUAUGUAGUUUGUGUUUAUAUUCCCUUCUUAAAGGAACACUCACAACAUUAAAAUCAACGUUCUGUUUUAAAGGACCACUCUAGGCACCCAGACCACUUCAGCUUAAUGAAGUGGUCUGGGUGCCAGGUCCUUCUAGGGUUAACCCAUUUUUUCAUAAUUAUAGCAGUUUCAGAGAAACUGCUAUAAUUAUGAAUGGGUUAAGCCUUCCCCCUAAUCCUCUAGUGGCUGUCUCAUUGACAGCCACUAGAGGCGCUUGCGUGCUUCUCACUGUGAAAAUCACAGUGAGAGCACGCAAGCGUCCAUAGGAAAGCAUUGCAAAUGCUUUCCUAUGAGACCGGCUGAAUGCGCGCGCAGCUCUUGCCGCGCGUGCGCAUUCAGCCGGCGGGGCGUAACGGAGGCGGAGAGGAGGAGGAGAGCUCUCCGCCCAGCGCUGGAAAAAGGUAAGUUUUUACCCCUUUCCCCCUUCCAGAGCCGGGCGGGUGGGGGCACCCUCAGGGCACUAUAGUGCCAGGAAAACAAGUAUGUUUUCCUGGCACUAUAGUGGUCCUUUAAGAUUAUAUAAGAGCUGAUUUUUCUUUUAAUUUGCACUUUUAUGAAUUGGGAUAAAGAGGGCACGGAGUUUGGAGUGUAACUUUAGGCAGGUUUGUUUGUGAUGUUUCAAUAGCCAGUACUGUAAUUUUCAAUUUAUAAUAUCCUUGUCCAGCUGAGCUCAAGGCCACUAGUCAGGUUUAAAUAUUCAUUUUUCUCAAUAGUUUAAUGUGAUGCCAGCUGAUUGAUACCAAAUCUAAGUGUGUUAUUGCACUAUGAAAAUAAUUUUGUAUAUCAAGCUCUUGAGAGAGUAGUUUGUGUGUGUGUGUAUAGUAUAAAUAGUUCGGCGCUUGUUUUUUUCUGUAUAUCUGUUUGUGUGUUUUUUGUUUUGUUUUUUGUUUCAUUAUCUUUACUUAUCCCUAUAUUUAACAAAUAUAUGUUUAUGAGGAGUAAAAAAUAAAGUGUAAAAAUUCACAUUUUAUUAUCCUACAGCUCAGGACCUGUAUAUUGGCUCCCUGUCAUUCCUUGUUACAGUCUUUGUCCUUUGCACUUGGUAGUGAGCAUAGAGAACGCACACAAAGAAGUAAUAUAAAAACCGGUCUAAUAUUCCAAAAGUAGGAACGACACCAUGGAAACCAGAAAAACAAGCAGUCAACCACUAGUAGCUGGACCGCUUUUACAUCUUUAGAACACUUUUUUAUACUUCUCCUCUUUAAUUUCCAAUCUUAGCAGUUUCCACUAUUAUAAUGUAGUUCCCUUGUGAGCAACACCUAGAAGACUUUUGGGGUCCCUAUUUUGUUCUUUCUUUACCUACUGUAAAUUUUGAAAAUGUUUUGAUUAACUUUCCGCACGUGGCUUGAAAUGGUUUAUUUUCUUUUUUUAGCUUGCAUAGUCCCAGCUAACAUUUUAAUUGUGUAAUAGCAUUUACUAUAAUUGUUUAGGUUUGAAUGCUUUGUAUUUUGAAAAGAAUAUGAAGAAACAUCUUCUUUUUAUGCAGGGUAAAAUGUACCAGUUUUGUGGAAAAACUUGCUGUGAUGAGUAUAAGAAAAUCAAUAUGGUUUUGGCGAUGUGCGAGUACUGCAAGAUAGACAAGAUUGUUAAGGAGUCUGUUCGCAUCUCUGGCUUAGACAAGAUGUUUUGCAGUGAAGGUGAGCUCAGCAUAUAUAUUCAUAGCUUUUAAUCAGAGCCAUGAUGCUCUGCAGAAUAUAAUGUACAACACAACUGAAUAUUAUUGGGUAUAUUUGUAUGAUUGUAAACUUCUCUGUGCUGGGCUGGGGAUAAGCAAUAUGAAUCUAAGAAAUCUUAAUUUUAGUCUAGUAACAAAUCUUUUAAUGUUAGUGUCUACACACAAGCAAUAUAUCCGUUUUCUCUAAAGUGAGCGUUUUCUAUUUUUGUUAGGACCAAUGAAAAAUACCACAUUGCAAAUCUCAUGCUGCUGUUUUAAAAAUGCAUAUUUUUAAUUGUCAUCUGCUAUUUUGUGACUUCUCUAUAGGUUGCAAGCUUCUUUACAAGCAUGACCUGGCAAAGAAGUGGGGGAAUCACUGUAAAAUGUGCAGUUACUGCUACCAAACCUCUCCCAAGCUGGUUCGGAAUCAUUUUGGGGGAAGGUUAGAGGAAUUCUGUGGGGAGGAAUGCAUGUCCAAAUUCACAGUUUUGUUCUACCAGGUAAAUUUUUUUAAAUAUAUAAAUAUUAUUGGCUUGUUAAUUUAUAUUCUUUUUUGCCCUUUGUUUUCCAGUUAGACAAAGGAUUACAUUUUGCUAAUAAGACACAUUCUCUUAAAUAUUACUGGCACUAAAUAAAUUCAGACCACAUCUUACUGUAUUAGGUACCCUGCACUUAGUCCAGGUGUAGUAAACUGUUAUUGUUGCACUGCAUCUUCCAUGUUUCUGAACUAGUUUGUGUUUUGUUUUGUUUUUAGUUUAUUUAUUUUUUAUUCUGGGUGCUAGCUAGUCAACGAUAAAGUCCUUUCAAGAAUUGCUUUAGAGAUGAAGUAAACAAAAACAAUUGCAUACCCAUUCCAUUGUUUAUAUCGUGUGCUGAAUGUCUGUUACAGAUCUUGGUAUCAUCAGCAUAAAGACAUACCUUACCAUCAAGACCUUCUGCAAUAUCACUAAUAAAAAUAUUAAAUUCAAAGUACAUGCAAAAAUUGAGAAAUUUUCCAUUUAAAAUUCAAUAUGUAGGUAGGAACAAAUUACCUCUAAAUUUAGCAGAAACUAGGAAUGAGGCAACCAACUAAAAAGACUCAAUUCCUCAUAAUAUGAUGUCCAAAUGUCUUUUAUUGCAAAUGGUAUGCUGUGAUAAAGGUAAAGUGUAUAUCGGGACUCCAAUUUUCUCCUAAAAGUGAAAUGGGACUGUUUAAUCCAUCAGUGGAAAUUAGGGGUUCUAUUUGCACAAACAAACAUUUGUGUAGCAUUUUUUUCUGUUUGUAGUUAUAUGUUGAUGUUCGCUUGUCUUGGUAAACAAAGAUUUAGGAAGCGGGCUGUCCAUGUCUACUGCAGACACGCUGGUGGCUGAUGAGGCCAAUGCGCGAGAGGCAGAUUCGGCCACAACAGCUGUAAAGGAAAAUCUGGUCUGACUUUGAUGCCACUAUGUUAUGGUCCUUCCUCUGUUUCUUUUUAUUCUCAAUAUCUGCCCUGCAUGCAUUCUCAAAGGAGGAGACAACCUGAUGAAUGUGUCCAAGUCUCUAUCGGAAAUUUGAGCAGACCAGUGAUGAUGGUCAAUGUGACAAGCACAAAGUGAUUUCUUCUUUGGUGCUCCUGUGUUGCGGUGCCUAGUGGUGAGUUCACCAUUCAGCACAGCCUUAGGUAGGUGAUGAUCCUUGAGAAAUGCCCUGCCUAGCACAGCUGCAACUUCAAAAGCAUUGCCUCAAUGCUGGUGGUCUUUGCCUCUUGAGAACUUUGAUGUUGGUGAUGAAGUCAUUCCAAUAGAUGUUAAGGAUUGUGCAGAGACAGUGUUUUUGAAAAGGUUUAUGGAGUUGCAGGUGAUGGUGAUAGGUAACCCACGACUCAGAGCCAUACAGGAGAGUGGUCUGUACAACAUCUCUGUACACUCAACGUUGUGCCUCCUUCUAGAUGUUUGUUGUUCCAGACUCUCUUAUACAGUCUGCUGAACGCUCUGUUUGAUUUUGCCAGUCUAUCUAUCGCUUUGUCGAUCUUGGCAUCUGAACAGAGAAGGUAGCUAAACUGAUGCAUCAGUGUGGUAACGGUUGUAGACACCAUCUUCUUUAUCAAGGUCUACCGUGGCCCUUUGAAACAUCAAGCUGAAAAAGAUUGUGAAGAGAGUUGGUGGAAGAACACAGGUUGGUGCGGUUUCUGACUUGACCUUGACCCCUGAUACCUUCAUGUAGCUGAACGAUCAUAUUGAGAAACUUAGGGGAAUUCCUUAGUGUUUCAGCAUUUGCCACAUACCUUUUCUGCACCAUUUUUAAUGCUUUGGUGGGGUCAAUAAACGUCACGUACAAUGACUUGUUCUGUUCCCGACAUUUUUUAUUGGAGCUGUCUGAGAACAAAUAGCUCUGUAGUCGCAUUGGCUCUCUCGAAACCGUUAUUCUGCAAUGGUGCAUACCAAACUGUUCAAAAGUAUCCUGCAAGAGUUUUUCCUCCGACGGAGAGCAGCGUUAUCCCCGGAUAAGUGGGAUUCUUAUAUAGGAUAAUGAUUAUAGUGUCACAGAGGUCCUGUGGUAGUUUACCUUGUUUCCAGCAGCAAACCAAUCAUGAAGUUUAGUGUGUAAGGCUGGGCCCCAUACUUCCAGAUUUCAGGUGGAAUUCCCUCGACUCUUGCUGCCUUAACAGUCUCCUCAAUAGUGGGAUUCUUGUUCAGACUCUGGGGAUUUUUUUGACGUUGUGGAAUGCAAUGAAGUGCAGAAAUUUGUACCAUGCGGUUGGUGCUAAAGAGAGACUGGAAAUGUUCUGACCACCGAUUCAGGAUGGGUGCCUUUUCUGUGAGGAAUGAUUGACCAUCUGCACUGCGCAAUUAAUUCUGUAUCUGGUGUAAAGGGCCAUACACUGCCUUCAGGGAUUCAUAAUGCCCUCUGCGCUUGGCAUUACUCGAUUGAGUAGGACUUCUCAAAUGUCUGUCGUAUCAUGAUGUAAGCUAUAAGGUGCCAAUGUUUGGACCGAAGGUGUAUCCAAGUUGUCUACAGACAAUUUAUUUGCUUGAAGAUGAUGUUGGUGAAGACAAAUUUCAGCUCCACACAAAACUCUUAACAGAAGGUGCCAAACAUGCUGUUUCCAACAACAUGUUUGUCAAGUACUACUUUCCAGGCUUCUGAGUCCUUGCCUACUCUGGCAUUGAAGUUGCCAUGAAUGUGUAGUUCAGUGUAGAGCCUUAGCCGACUUCUAAGAUAAUAAAGGUUCAAUGUGAAUGGCUAUACUUAAUGAAAGAGCAGGAAAUUACAGAGAAACCAAUGUAUGAAAACUGUCCAAACAGCCUCAGUCCAAAACACACAGAAUCUCAGAAUAACGUCAGUCAGUAAGGGGUUAAAAGGACAAAGCUGCUAGGACCAUUUUGUAUUGAUUUAUUGACUUGCUGAAUAAAUUGUUUCUUGCAGCACUAAUUCACUCAAGAAGAAGUGGGCUUUGUAACCAAUACAUGGCUGAUGUUCAUACAAUUUUUCUUUCUUUUUAGAUGGGAAAGUGUGACAGUUGUAAGCGGCAAGGCAAGCUGAGUGAGUCCCUGAAAUGGCGAGGAGAAGUGAAACAUUUUUGCAACUUGCUCUGUGCCCUUGUCUUCUGCAACCAGCAGUGUGCAUCAGAACCCACUACACUUAUUAACUCAGGUAGAGUAACCACUGCUAACAACAAACUCUAUGCUUUGGGCCAUCAAAUCGUUUACCAUAUUUAAAAUUUGAUUAUUAUUGAUGUGUUUGUCUAAAACCUGUCAUUGUUUUUUUUUUUUGGCAGCCAAUGUUCCCAUGGUGCAGGCAAUCCCGGCAUCAACAUGCUCCUCUGGGGCAAAGGAUUCCACUCCAGUCAUUGCCAAUGUAGUAUCACUAGCAAGUGCUCCUGCUACCCAACCCACCGCUAACUCUACCAAUGUUUUGCAGGGUGAGUACCUACAAACAACAAUCUCUACAGUCUGUUAUAUUAAAUUACGGUGUUAGAUCAAAACGUCUGGGUUUGAGAUUUUUUUCAGGUCUUGCCUUUUGAGGGAGAACCUUUUUAUUUUAUUUUUUAAUUUUUAUUUUGCACCUUCACCAUGAUUUUGUUUAUUUUUUUUAUAAUGCACUAUAUCAUCUUAGUACUGUCCUUUUCAUUAUAUAAAAAAAAAAAAAUAGGAAUAGGAAUAUUAAGGUUGUUGUUUCUUUUAUUUAGCUGAAGGUGGUUUUUCCCCGUUAGUCAAAAAAUGCUUACUGGUUCCAAUCCAGUCCUCAAGACACAGCAGCAGUGCAGGUGUUGUCAUUAUCCUUAUAGGAACAGGAUUGAUAAAUUAAUAAAUCCUUUUCCCAGUGGUUCCCAAUCCAGUUCCCCAUAAGAACUGGAUUGGGAACCACUGCCAUAGCUUGUAGCAUUUUAGUAGCUUAUUUGUGUAUGGUUAAUUUGCCCAGAUAGGGAAUUAUGAGGUUUGCAUUAUGUGAAGUGCUUUGAAUAGUUCGCAAUAAUAAAUUUUGAAUUUUAUUGUAGCCAUAAAAAGUAUGUGUAUAAUGUGUUGAGGAAUUUUGAGCGAGGAAUAUUGAUAGCAUUACUGUUUUUAUCUAACCUGCAUCUUUUUAUUUAAAUCCUUCUCGGCUUCUUUAUUUUCUAAUAGAUAUUUCCUUAAUUCCUUUUCCAUUUCCCCUCUCUUCCCAGGAGCUGUACCAACCUUGACUCCAAAAAUCAUUGGGGAUGUAAGUCACCCUAUUUUAAUACAAUUUGUGAUGUUUUACCAUAUGAAUCUUAUGCACUAUAAAAUCAAGUUUUUUGGGUACUUGCCGCUUGGGAGUAAGACAAGUGAUUUUAGGUUUAGCCUUUAAAUUGGUGAUUCAAAGUCAGACAACAUAUUUCCUCUGUGCUUUUUUAUUUUAUUUAUUUAUUUUUUAUUUUAAAUAAAUAGAUCUCAUCUCUAUCCCAGGUGUCAACGAAUCCCACUGCAUUAAAGGGAAUGUUUAAUUUUAGGAAUACAAGCCUAUUCCUGACAUUUCAUGCAGUUUUAGAUCUAGGUCCCACUUUAAAAGUGAAAGUCAAGCAGUUUUACAAUCUUUCAUCACUCAUCAUACUGUUUUCACCAAGGCGUCACCAAAUCUCCUCUAUAGAGAAGCGUUGUGGGGCUUAAUGUCUAUGUGCAGCAAUUGCCACACUGCAUUAAUCCGCAUCUCCUUAUGUUUAUGGAGUGUGUUCAGCGUAUUCAUGCUGAGCUUGAGGACACCAAUGUUCUUCAUGCAGAUAUUGUUGGACUUUAAUAGGAAUCUCUUCUAUUGGCUGUCAGACGUGUUCGGUGUUCUUAGGGACAAAUGUAAACGUAACAUUUUACUUAAAUGUAAUAAUAUGAGGCAUUGAUAUAAUUUUUUGUGUGGAUUUAAUUUGGACUUUCCUCUGCUUAUUUUCAAGGCAAGUACACAGACAGAUGCCCUGAAGCUCCCUUCCUCUCAGCCUCCUCGGCUUCUCAAGAACAAGGCCCUGCUUUGCAAGCCCAUUACACAAACAAAGGCCACCUCGUGCAAACCUCACACACAGCACAAGGAGUGUCAGACAGGUAUGUCUUGCAAAAAAAAGUGAUCAGCUAUAAAACAAAUAGGAUGGUCUGAAAUGUUGGGUUGGGGUGUAAAAGCUGCUGUCAAGACUAUUCGGUAAAUCCAUGCCACUAGAUCACUAGAUGCUCCUGCUGUCUUAGUCUUAGGAAGGAGUUCCAACAUAUGAGCAAAAACUUAUCAGUAGGAUAUCCCUGCUGGCUUGUAUGGCAUUGCUCCAAGCCUGGCUAAAGACUGAGAUUUCAGGCAUGCAUGUUAGCGUUUAAUGUACAGGAUACAUAUAUUAGGGAGCUGCACCAGACUUUGGCUUCCUUUACUAAAACAUGUCCUGUGCCUGGUAUCCUCUCGUUCCUCUCUUUUUACAAUAUUAAUUUAUUUUUUUUUUUUUUUUUUUUCUCUGGUCUGCACAAUACUAGUUAUUCCAAACAGGCAACGAGUGUAUUCAUGCAAUUAGUCUUUUAUGUUCUUACAGUUUUUUGAAAACUGCCCUGGGUGGAAGCUCCAGGAUCUUAAGUAUUCACCUGGCCUCCUGGAAAACAAAGAUUUUUUUUAUUAUUUUUUUUUUUUAUUUGGAAAUCUGUGUGUGUAUAUAUAUAUUUCCAUAUUUAGUCACAUUUGCUUUGAAAUAUUUAUAAAAAUGCACCAUAAUCACAUUAAAUAUGCAAAGAGUAUCACGUAGUAAAGAUCUGUUUGCAAAGUACUUGAUACCAAUGGUCAUUUGCACGCGUUUUAGUGUUUACUUUAUGAAACAAAUGUUUUUGUGACCUUAAGCAUCUCUUCAGAAGCACAGAAAAAGAUGACUAGUUCACACUAAACCUAAGAGAUGUUAUAUUGCGAGACUGUCUCCUUUUGCCUGAUCCCUAUUUUUAAGGGAAAGGGAGAGGUGAUAUAUUUAAAAACUAACUAAAAUACUGCAGGACUCAAGGGAAAUAAAAUAAGUCGGUAACAAUCCGUAUAUGAUACGGUGGAUAUGAAAGUACAAAACUUGAAGACAAUAUACACAAUUACAAUUAAAAGCCCUAUAUGGUGAAGUGUGAGUGUCAUAGAAAAGGUUUUAUUCUAAAUCCUCCCUACUCUGCCUCCUUUAUUUGACCUCACUUUGAAAGAUCUUACCCAUGGUAAUCUGUCUCCAUAGGCAAAUGCUACUGGGCAUCCAGUAGUUGCUUCCACUGUGUUAUUUAUACCACAUACUGUGCUAUAUUUCUUUUUUAUUAUACUACCCACAUCUCUCCUCUAGAUUAGGACCGUCCCAUACAGACACACAUACUGGCUUCGCUUAGAAGUAAAAUAAAUCCAAAUUGCUUGCAAUGCUAGGGAUCUUAAGAACUGUGAAGCCACAAAGACAUGCACCUUCUUUGUCUGCACUCAUUGCGUUUUCUUGUUUGUGUAUAAAAUUUAUGAAAAAUGCUGUUCUUCAGCAAUUGUAUCCCAAUAUUCUAUUGUUACCGCAAACAUUGUCUUCCUCAUACUAAUGUUUACCUUUUUUCUUACAGAAAGUGAUGGGCAGCCACAGGUCAUUGUGCUUCCAGUACCCGUGCCAGUCUUUAUUCCUGUGCCCAUGCACCUCUACACCCAGUUUGCCCCUGUUCCAUUAAGCUUUCCAUUACCUGUAAGUUCCUUCCUGUUGUAAAAAUGUUUUUAAUUAGUAAUUACCUCAACUUCAGUUUUGGGAUCGGCAAAAGGAAUAUUAGUUAUCUAGAAAGCUCUAACAGUUUGGGCAAAACCGGUUUCUGACCAUUUUGUAAGUGGGUACAUUUUGAAUCCAGGUGAUAGACAAACUAUUGGAAAGUGUCAGUAUGUCAACUUACUGAAUAAUGUCUGUUCUUAUUUCAGAAAAAUAAAUAAAUCAAUGUACUCCUGUGUGAUGUUUUUUAACUAACAAACAAUACAAAGAGAAUUGAGUUCUACAGUGAGUUCUGCUGGUAGCUGUGAUAUUUUAUAUUGUGUGGAUGACAUUUUUAAAGGAGUGCACUCAAGUUGGCAAGGAAACAUUUGAUUUCUAAUCUGCUAAAAUUAUAAUGGAAUUGCAGUACUGCUCUGGUUCCAGAACUCACAAUGAUUUGACUUACUGUGCAGGUGCCCGUCCCCAUGUUUAUCCCCACAACGCUGGAUAAUGCUGACAAAAUUGUAGAUGUCAUUGCGGACUUAAAGGAAAAAGUUCCAUCUGACCCUUUCGAAGCAGACAUCCUUCAGAUGGCAGAAAUGAUUGCAGAGGAUGAAGAGAAGGAGAAAACGUUAUCACAUGGAGGUUAGCUGCUCUAGCAUGGAUCUUUGUAGAUCUGUAUAACUUUUUUUAUUGUAAAUUUGAGAGGACAACAUAUCAUAUAUUGUAACAUACUGACAUAGUAAUGUUGACUGAAAAAAGUCCAUCAAAUUCAGCCUUUCACACAUCUCUUUUUACUAUUGAUCCAAAAGGAGAGGUACUGCUCAAUUUCAGGUUUGUCAGAUGUACCAUUAAUUGGAAAGCAAUUCUAAAAAAAAAUUACAAAACAAAUUUGCAAGUAAUGACAGAUUCACUUUACCAUAAAUCCCCACCAUAGCUAAUGAAGAUUGGCUCAAAAUCUCCACUCAUAUUUAACCCUAGCAUGUAGAAAUUUAGCCCUGGUGUGUAUGCUGUGGCAAGUAACUGUAAGGCCCGGCUAGUAGUACAGGAUGUACAAUGUUAAGCCUUGAUCUAUAAUUUAUCAUAGAGAUACAUUAUACAUUCAUUUAAAAAAUUUUAAUAUAUUAACUCGCCUUCCCUCCGGUCCAGUUACUCCAUUUCUAUAAUCUGUUUGGAGAGACGGUGUGUAUCACCUGUAGGUCUGUGCUGAAAAAUGUACUUCCACAAUUCUGCUACCACAGUUUAUAGAUGACAUUUCUAUGUCUGGUAAACUUAAAGGGUCAUAUAAUAAAAAAAAAUAAAGCGUUAAAGAUAAAUUCAGAUGAUAAUACUGGGCGUGUCAAACUUUCCCUCUCUUUCAAGUAUAAUUUUCUGUAUAUAUUUUCUACUAUUUUUUGAAAAUAAUUUUUACUUUUUUUUUUUUUUUGUAUUUAUUAAAAAUGUUAAUGGUAUGUAUCUGCACCAAUCUCUGUGAUGAUGAAGCAUCAAUACAUUCAUUUUUAUUAAUGGAAAUAUUUUUUGCUAAUUUAUCUAUUAUCAUGUUUACCACAGAUCAAGGAAGUACGUACAGUGGAGACUUGGAAUCUGAGGCAGUGUCUACACCACAUAGCUGGGAGGAUGAAUUAAACCACUACACUCUGAGGUCCAACAAUGUUCCAGAGCCUGACACAGAGCUACGGCAGCUUUCCAGAGUGGGAACAGAGCAAGACCUUGAAGCAGAUUUCCCAACAGGUCUAUAUUUUCUACAAGUAGUCUCAUAACUUUAUUAAUUUCUGCAGAAUUGCAUAGAAAAGGGACACUACACUUCCCAAAUGAAGUUUAGUGAUAGUGAUCACUGUUUAGUUUUAUUUUGAAAACAUGCAUGCAUUUAACCCUUUAAGGACACGACAUGUGUGACAUGUCAUGAUUCCCUUUUAUUCCAGAAGUUUGGUCCUUAAUGGGUUAAUUAUGCAUUUUCAUUGGCGGUAUAUUUAAAAAUAACUUGCAACAGCUGCAGAUCUUAACCCACUCUAGACUUUUUGUGGCUGUCCAAUCACAGGCUUCUCAAAACAGCUCAGUGAGAAGUAUUUGCAAGGCAGGAGCUCUGGGCAAUUGCCUGCUUGAGUUUAGAUCCACUGAGCUAAAUUUAGCAGGAAUUAACAGGACUGCUUGUCUGCUUGAAAGUAGGUGUAAAAAGGUCAAUAUAUAAAAAAAAAAUCUGAUUUAAAUUUUUUUUUAGAUUUACCUUCUACUUCUUGCUUGCAGUUUCCUUGCCACCAGAGGGUGCAUACUGAUCCGGCCAAUCAGUGUCCUCUCCAUAAGAAUUGUGGUCGCAGAUAUACAAUUGAAAGAUCUUGCAAUCUUAUCAGUGACAUUGCGAGAGCCCAGGAGGAUGCUGCCCCUGAAUGCGCCUCUCUCACAUUCAUGACUGGCAAUUCUCCUAGAUGAUGAGCAUUGUAUAGCAUCUUUGCCUCCUGCUUAGAUAGUUGACCCUAAAUAAAACUGGCUACAAGUUGCCAGUUAGUGUUUAUCGGACACACCAGGCUUAUAUAUGACUGCUCAUAGAGACCAACCAUGUUUCCAUGAAGGAGAUUUCAGCAAAGUGCUUUUGCAACUAAUAUGUCACAAACAGGCCCGGACUGGCCAUCGAUCACACCGGGCAAAUGCCCGGUGGAUCAAGGUGGCUAUGGGCCGAGACCGGCAGGGGAGGUUACAGGAUCUCUCAUGCAGGGCCAGUGCUAUGUGAGCGCCGGCCCCGCUGUUUUCAUUGACGGGCCGGUGAGGAAAUCAAAGAUCUCCCUCACCGGCCCACUUGAAUAGACAUGCGGCUGGGGAGGGAGAGGAGGACCCGGCGGAGCUCUAUCUUGCAGCUCCGCCGGGUUCCUCUCCAGAGAUCGGGUCGUUGCCAUGGCAACGUCCCUGAUCUCGCAAGAGACUCACCACUAGGACCACCAGGGAAGGUGUGAGAGUGCCGCCAACACCCUCCCAGGUACCACCUCGUCGCGCCCCCCCCCCCAAAACACGACACUCAGCACCCUAAAACACAUGACACAGGCCCAUCUAGUCUGCCCAAUUUUUUUUACACACACUGAACCCCUAAACACAUUACAUUCCAGACACACACUAGAUCCCUUACCCAAGUCUGGAUCAUAUACACACACUAGAUCCCUAUAUACGCACACCCACUAGAUCUCCUAUACACAUUCUGGGUCCUUCAAACACACACUAGACGCACGCACACACACCACCUACACACACACACUACAUUCCUAACAUACACACUAGAUUCAUUGUAAGUAAACACAUACUACACCCCUAAACACACAGUCUCUACAACCCCUAGCCACAUAUACAUUACAUUACACCACAAACACGACAUGACUAAAACCGACCUUAUUACACAAUACCACACCACAAUCGGCUCACUCUACACAGACGCAAUCCCACAAGCAGGCUCCAAACAGAUGCACAAAACUCUUUCCUGGCCUUUUUGUCUCCAGGUGUCCCAUUUUUAGAGACACCAGAGACAAGUUACAAGGAAACACAGUGCAAGCACGUUAUUAAAUUUGCUUGCACUGUGCAGAACACAUACAGGGCUUUUUUUUUCCUCAUGCUAGAGCUCUUCAGCAUGGUCUGCCCUGGAAGAGCAUUGAAUCAACAUGCUCACUUUGAGAGGGGAGUGUUUGUCAUUGAUGAUGACAAAAUACACCCUCUAUGCCCCGCACUGCCACCUUCUAAGUGGGCCGCUGUGAUGAUAAAAAAAUGCCUGGGCCGAAUUUUUUUCCCAGUCCGGCCCUGGUCACAAAAAUAGGACAACCACCUUUCUGGAUGCACACUUUCAAGAGCUGGGAGGUAUGGAAUUGAUGGGAUCUGAUGAGUAUAUUAUUAAUCAAAUUAGUAUGGGACUGUUGCAGAUUUACUUGAUAAGCCUUGUAUCAUCUGAGCAGCAUAUAAUACACAUUAUAAAUAACUAAUGGAGGUGGUAAGCCAAGAGUUGUAAUAGUAGUAAUGCGAAUGUAUCAGACGUUCAAGUGUCAUAGUUUGCAGAAAAGCUGAAACUCAAAAUUUAGACAAGAAUAGCAUGCGAUCUCAAGAAACCUAGGAGAUCUGAGUUUAAUGUAAAAGGGAGGGCUGGAGAGAGGGUUUCACUUGUAGGCAUGCUCACAGCACUGCCUGCAAGUGUAGAAGGUCUUACAUCUGUCAUCAGCUUGCAGUGUGUGCUGAUGACAGAUGUAAUUGUUGCAUAGAGUUGACAUUAGGCAGCCCAAAACAGAAUUCCAGGCUGCCUUAGUUAUGUGUGCCUGGGAUGCAACUAACCCCCAGCACAAUAGUGCAAAUAUCUCAACUUUCAAGCAGAAACGCUGUACAUACAAAUUUCUUCAUCCAUGACCGCUUCUGAAAAGCAAAUAUGAUUAUGGAUGUUGAAGUAACCGUUUAAGGGAAAAAAUUUCAAACCUGCACUUGGUUGAUAGCUUGGUGGCUGUAGACCGAGGAGACAGAGAUCUCAACUUGAUUCAACUAUAAAAAGAACACCUCCUUUUCAAUGCUUCCACUUGGAACAUUCUUUCAUACAACAAAACAUUUAAAAAGAAAAUCCUCCAGUAAUGUCAGUUGGAUGCCAGAGACAUCUACACAGCCAUUUUAGCUUUUGCUACCUUUCACUAUCCUUUCUAUCCUACGUGUCUGUUUUUUUUUCUUCCUCACUCAAAACUUUUUUUUAUGUCCUGUUGAGGGUUAUUUCCACUGGUUUGUUAAUGUCAAUGUCAUGACGUUGAAGAUGGCCCAUCAUUUUUUAUUUGUGGUAUUUUUCAUGUAUGAAAAUUGCAUUGAGUUGCUACUUGUUCUCUGGUGGGCUUGCUGAUUUUUGAGCUGUGAUGUCUUUCUUUGAAGCCGUGGGUACUUAGCCCACUCACUAGUGUAGCUCCAGAAAUAACCUAUUCUUUUUUUCCUUCUUUUUGCUGUUUUUUUUUUUUUUCCUGACCCAUAUAUCUGCAGUUUGUAAAAUUAAUUAUUCUAUGUGCAUUUUUAAUUUAAACACAAACUUAUGACCAUUACUCAUUUUUGGUCAAUAACAAUCAGUAUUUUUCUCCAAUUACAGAAGCAUUUGACCCAUUAAGUAAGGGCUCUACUUUAUUUGGACGCUCACGGGGCAGGCGAAAACACAGGGAUGGUUUUCCACAGCCUAAAAGACGGGUGAGUGAUUACGUCAAGUUGAUCUUCUGUCAUAUAUACGUAGUAGGGAUUGUACAUUCAAAAAGAAGCUGACAAACUUUCUUUGUAGUAACAUGUUAUUCCACAGACUUAAACAUUUAAUACUAGUGAACAGAAAUCACAUUUCCUGUAAUGUACUGUAUCUGGAUUUGGUAGCCGUAUUUGCUUUAUUGCAUUUGAGAGCUGUCUAAUUUACUCCUUAGUGGGUGAAAUAAUGUGUCAUUGAGAAAUGAUUUCCCCACGCGGUCUGUUUUCCGAUAAUAGUGUUAUGUUGACAAAAAAAACAAAACCGACUAAUGAUCUAUUUUUUUUGUUGGGCCACUAAUUGUUUGUAUAUAAUAUACAGAAUAGAAAGUUGCCCUAAAAUUUACUUGGCAGCUAGAAUAAAAAAAAAAAAAAAAAAAGAAUUAAAAAUAAUACAUGUUUAUGUCUGUACUUUAUAGUCUGCUUCCACAAAUCUGUCAUUGCUCAAUUUAGGGCCGGAAGAAGUCUGUUGUGUCUGUCGAGCCACGGAACCUCAUGCAAGGAACCUACCCAGGGUGCUCAGCUUUGGGCUCUACACUGAAAUACAUAUAUGGGGUUAAUGCUUGGAAGAAUUGGGUGCGAUGGAAAAAUGCACAAGAAGAUCCAGAAGACAUAAAGUUUGGGGGUAAGCAACAAGUUUCUGGAAAAGUUUACUGUUCAUGAGAAACUAUCAUUUGACACAAAAAUUUAAGAAAACCUUUCUUCCAAAUAAAAUUGAAAUUUCAAACUUUUAUUUACCGAUCAAACUGGUCAAAAUAACAAAAACGUAUAGUGUUUUCAAUCCUUGAAUAAUGCAAAGAAAACAUGUCCACAUUCAUAUUUAAACACAAUACUAAUAUUUUAACAUGGGAAGAGUUCAGAAAUCAGUAUUUAGUUUAAUCUGAUUUUUCAAUCAUUGCUUUCAUGCAUCUUGGCAUGCGCUCUGACAGUUUUUCAGAUUGCUGUUUGGUGAUUUUAUGCCACUCCUUGUGCAAAAUGUCAAGAAUCUCAGCUUUGAGGGUUUGUGAGCAUCUUCCCUCUUUGUCACAUGUUAGAAGUUUUCAUUUGGGGUGCAUGUCUGGAGAAUGACAUGGUGGUGUUCUGGUGUUCAUCCAUUCACACCUUGAUUGGCCUGGUUUGGGGGAGGGUGAGGGGAAUAAUCCUUAGAGUUGGGGAAUCUGCCCAAUUCCAGCCUUGCCUAAGCAUUCUUACAUCCUAGAUCUUCCACCAAUUUCCAUAGCAAAUGCAAGACACAGUGGUUUGUAGACCUGUCCAAUGACCGUACUCCAGUCCUUAUGGUCUUUUGCAAAUGUGAGCCUGGCUCUUCUUUGCUUCUCAUUGAUGAAGACAUUUUUUUCUACCUUUGCACAACUUCAACGCUGCUCCUAGUAGCCUCUUUUGAAACCAAUCACCCCAGCUUCCAUUUGCCACUCUUUUUGUUGGUUAUUUGAUGUCACCCUAUAUAUGUUGAGUGACAUUCAAAUGAGCUUUCCGUCAUCCCGGUCAGUGGAGAAUUGUUUUUGCCCUUUGCCAGUCUAUAACUUUGUCCCCAAUAUCUACUGCUUGAUCGUGUUGUUUUGAACUGCUGUCUUUGAAAUUUUAAGGAUGGAAGCAACCUGGAAUGGCUUACAUACAUGUUGAUUAAGAAAGAAUUGGAGUGGUCUCUUUUUAUACAUUUAUGAAUGUAUGUUAUAAACCAGGAUUUAUAUAUCCAAGCAUCACAUAUGACACUGGAUUAUUUAAAAUGGAAUGUGCAAAAAAUGUUCUACAGCUUUUACUUUUUAGGUAACCAACAGCAGAAUUUCAACAAUUUCCACAUGUUAAUUUGGCAAUUGGAGCUGCUACAUAAGUAGAAUUGGUGUUUGUAUCUGUUUAUGCUCUGACAUGUGUAUAAUAAUUAAAACAGAAAAGAGUUUCUCCUACAGCCUUGUUUCUACAAAUGGAUGUGUCAUUCACCUGUUUGACUCUGCUUUCUUGCAGUCCGGCCUGUAAAGCUAAAAGAAGACAUCUUAUCUUGCUCCUUCGCUGAACUCAGCUAUGGACUGUGUCAGUUCAUUCAAGAGGUACGCCGGCCGAAUGGCGAGAAGUACAGCGCUGACAGCAUAUUGUAUCUGUGCCUUGGCGUCCAACAGGUAACUCACAUGGACUCUAAUUACAUCUGGGAUGUCUCUUCAAUGUCUGUUGUCAUAAAUCAAUGCUUUCUGUUUGUUACGUAUCUGUGUACUUUAUACAUACAUAAUCUUUUACAUGUCUUUGUUUAUAAAAAAAAGGCAGUGCACUUAAAACACUUUUGUCCAAUUUGAAACAUUUCCAUUUAGAAGUACUCUCUUCACCCUAUCUUUAAGCCAGUGUUUUAUCCAAAAACACAAUUUUUCAUCUAAACCAACUGACUUCAGUUUUGCUAGUUACUUUUUGUGUGGAACUGUAUCAGUUACCUUGGUAAAACCCAAGUAGAUCACAUCUAUUUGAUCGCCACAAUCUACCCUGUUUUGGCUAAACACCAUAGAGCAUCCCAAGAUGACAUAUUGUGUAAUAAUACGGAAACCUUGUUAACUAAAUAUAGUAUGGGGGGCGGGGCCUGGCUGCAGAGCAGAGAGGAAGCAUGUCUUAGCAGCUCCUGCUCACCAGAACAAACAAAGCAGAAUAUCGCGACUAAAACAGCGGCUACCCGAUACAACAAUGUCACCAACCGACAGGGAACAUUGAGGUGAACAAAAUGACACCACUUAAGCGACAGUUCAAGCAAUACUCACCCAUCACCCUGGUGAGGCCUACAAGCAAGGCAGGCGCAGGAGAGAUGGCUGCUCCCCUGCUGCCACAACAAGGCGAAAACUUAAACCGGGGCCUGAGUUCCCAACAACCCCCCCCCCCCCAGGGACCGGCGGGGUAAUCCCGGUCCACCCAAACUCGAACCCCAUUCAAAGUACUGGUAACAUGACACCAACACAGAAUCCCGGGCCUACUACCGACAAGGCCAACAAAAUGGAGGAUGCCUCUCACGCUACUGACCCAUGCAAUGCAGUGCUGGAAACGGAGCGCCGGUUAAAUAAAAUCUUUGCCUCUUUUUGGGAGAAACUGGAGGCCCACAUGCAACCUCCGGUGCCGGAGAAUCUGCCCACAGACCUGCCACAGAACCUACAUGAGGCAGUCAAGCGGAGGGUAGCACUAACCCCCUCUGAAAAUAAACCCACAAGAGGCAAGCACCAACAAGGAGCCAUCUCGGGUUCAUGCUUCUGGAGCCCCACAGAGUGCAGCAGCAGACCAGGAGCAGCAAAACCCAGGAGAGGGCGCCCAAGGCCACCUCACCUGCAAGCGGAGAUGCGACACAAGCUCUGGAUUGGCAAAGCGGGCUCGAACAAGCAGGAGAAAUGGCGGGACGCGAGGCCCUAUGAAGCGACAGCCACAGGCAGAUCCUCCCGUGGCAGUGGCAACCCACGAUCGGUCUGGGAGACAGGCCACGCAACCACAAGACAAACUCAAUAUGCCCCACCAAGAUCACGUCCACACGGCACAAGGUCCAUACGCACCUCAACCCAUGGGCUACCGAGAUGGAUGCCUCAACCUGCACAGUGUGGAUACACACAGCCCCUGCAAGGCAUCGGCUGACUUGAGAAUCAAGCCGGGGACUCUAAGACAGGCAAGGUGCAUAUUGCCUAGUACCCUUAAGUACUUUAGUUGAACGUUUAGCUUCUGCUAUAGAGACAGUCCUAACCUACCUUGAUUACUUGGGGGGACGAGUGGGGGGGUCUUAUUUUAUGUUUAUCUUAUGUUUAGUUAUUUGACAGAAUGCUAAUCGCUACACAUCACAUGCUCGCAAACUGUAAUUUGCUUGUUGAUCGUCUGCUAUGUCUAGCAUUACUAACUUACUAAAAAUGCUCAGCUCACUCCUGCCAUAACACUGUAAAAUUGUGUUGAUAAUGUUUGCGCUUGUUAAAGCAGUUAAGCUAAUACAGGCAUCGACGACUCAUCUGCCUACACGCCAUUGGGUCAAGACAGCUAUUCCCGCAAUGUCUUAGAUAAACCACAGUUAAUUAUCUGGUUAACAGUAUCUAAUGUGAAAAAAAUUAUAGGAACACAGCUUAAUCUAGUAUGCUAAUCUCGCAUAUGGUUGCAGAUUGUUUCUUACUGCAUAGACAGUUUGGACUAACCGGUCUCCUACUCUACAUAAACUUUAAAAUGUGCAAUCAGUAUGUAAUGCUUGCCAUCUAGCAUAGUAUGUUGUUUCUUGCAUUCUCAUCUCUCACCUCACAAGUAUCUAAGUUUAAAAACAGUCUUCACGUCACUAUAUAUAAAAAAUGUGCAUUGUAUUCCCAUGUCAUGCUUUACUACAUUGAUGUUUAUUACUAUAUCGCGGGUACAUGCUGUUGGGGCAUGGCACAUGCAUUUGCAACUGUUAUGUUUCCUUAUGAACUCAAAAAUAAAGAAUUUAUAAAAAAAAAAAAAACUAAAUAUAGUAUGUUUUAGUGCAACUGAAGUACUGACUGAAUAUAAUAGGUGUGUUGUAACAAGUUGUAUUAUAUUGAACAAUUUGAAUGGACCUGCAUUAAUUAGGUGGCACAAUGAGUAUAAUGCAAAUAUGGGUGCGGAAUAAACAAAAUUUAGUGACAUGAGAUAAAGUGUUAAGCAGUUAGUUGCCUCACUCACAUACCCAAACUGGUUUGGUUGUUCAGAGAACAAUAAAAAUGCAGUUAGAGAUAUUCUCAGGGUUCCAACCAGAAGAUUUGUGAAGAUGUAGUGCAGAAAUCAUAAGAUUACAGAGGGGGGAGGGGGAAGAAUGAUCACUAUGGGAAAGAUGGUUGGGGGGGAGGGGAGUGACCACUAAGGAAAAGAAAGGGGGCAAAAAUCCUUGCACCAGCCCUACUGAUGACAUUCCAAUGACUCUGCCAGAGCUGGAGUUACACCUCCAUCAGCAGGGUUAAAAUCAAUACAUGCUGCACGUACAUAUUCAAGGCACCAUGACCACUUAAAAUCACUGAAGUGGUCAUGGUGCUUGGAGUAAUUCUUUAGGACUUAAAACAUUCAGUAAUUUCUAACAGAAAUGUAUAAUGUCUACAUGUGUGUCAUGUGCAACUGCAUCUGUAUUGUUAUAUAACUGCUUUAUGUAUAAAAUUAUAUUUCACUAAGCACACUUUUUACUUUGGAAAUAAAGAAAAGACUUAAAAGGAGCAACACUUAAUGAAAACCUUAAUGGGGGGGAGUGGGGAGAACAAUUUUUCAGAAUUUUCUUGUUUGGUUUUUAUUUUUGUUUUUGUUUUUUUCAUUCUUCCAGUACCUGUUUGAGAAUGGAAGGAUAGACAGCAUCUUUACAGAACCCUAUUCAAGAUUUAUGGUGGAACUUACAAAGCUGCUGAAGAACUGGCACCCACCAGUAUUGGCUAAUGGUAAGUCUUUAGAGAGUGGCACUUAUUUAAGGCUGGUUAUAUCUGGGUUGUAUCUCAAGUUACUGCAUCCUGGAUUCAAAAUUCCUCUAUAUUUAAUAUUUUCCUCUCUUCUUCUAGGUUACAUGUUUUCAAGGAUAGAAGAGGAACACUUAUGGGAAUGCAAACAACUGGGGGCCUACUCACCUACUGUCCUUCUAAAUACCCUCCUCUUUUUCACCACCAAAUACUUCCAGUUGAAGACUGUGAGUGAGCACCAGCAACUUUCUUUUGCCUAUGUUAUGAGGCGUACAAAGACGAUGAAGUACAAUACGAAGACCACCUUUCUUCGCUUCAUCCCACCAUACCAUAAGCCAGAGUUGGAGCCUGGUUAGUAUUUUAUUAAAACAUUCACUAAUGUCUAACAAAUGUAUGUCUACAUGUAUGUCAUGUGCAACUGCACAUAUCCGUUAACGAGAAGCUUAAAUAGUCAAAUAAGGUUCAUACAUUACAGGUGCAUUUAAUACUGAUGAGUAUCCAUUUUACAAUAGAGUGGUGUGGUCCAAAAUCUGCCAUCUAUGUUUUUCUACGUAGGGGAGAAUAAAAUUGGGGGGGGGAGGAAUCGUGUGAUACAAUAAAAGUGAUACAUUUAUUAGCUAAAAGAGGAAUGAUAUUUAAGCUUUCAGGACACGAAGGUUCCGUUAUCAGACAUAUCUGUUGCAUGAAGGUCAGACUUAUUUAUACAUGGAAGAAGAAACAAAAAUACAGGCAAAUAUACAAAUACCAUUAGUCAGUUCAUUUGUGAUAGAAAAUUAUCAAAAUGUUUUCAGUAAUUUCACUUUAAAACUGUGAUGUUUCCCAUGUCUUUUGUAGAAGAUACAGAUUAAAAACCAGCGCUCACAAAAAUACAGUUUUAAAAUGUACAAGGCUACUUAAUAUCACCUAUCGCCAAAAACAAGUAUGAGGAUUCAGUUCCAUCAUAUGACCAUGUUGUGUUAAGCCCAUCACUACGCCACAAUGCUCCAAUAUCGGUGGGUCUGACAUUAAUUUUAAUAUGGGAGACAUUAAAUAAUGCUAGUGCUAAAUGAACUAAAGUUUAUUUAAUUUAUUGAAUCUGUUGUAACGGCUUUGUGAAUAUACACAAUGCAACGUUAAUGUGAUAAACACAAUUCACCGAUAUUGGAGUACGGUCGUGUAGUGUUGGGCUUAACACGAUAUGAAUAUGUGAUGUCACUUAAUUACCAUAAUUUUUUGCUGAGAGAUGAUUUUAGGUAGCCUUGUAAAAUUUAAAUCUGUAUUUUUGUUUGCGCGUUCUGUAUUUUGUAUACAUUUUAGUCAAUACUGCAGAACCGUUGCGAAAUGCAUGUUUCGGGUGUGCCCCCAGUUCCCCCCUUUUUUUUUUUUUUUUUUUUUUUUUUACUAUGUAUGUUUUGAAGUCCAGACCAGAUUCCUUUUGGGUUGAGCACCCUGCCCCUUACCCCAGCUUCAGGUGCCCCUUUGUAAGUGACCACAGAAAAGUAUAAGUCUGAGCAGGAUUUGCAUAGCAAUGUGACUUUAAUAUGAAUUUUCAAAAUAUAUGAGAAUAUAAAGCAGAUAUAUGUUAGGCAUUGUAAGUACAUACAUUGAAGCACUUUUACUUUGUCUAGUUUUAACACUAUAUUUUUUUUUGGUGUUUUAUCACAUUUAUUUUGCACCCCCCCUUCCAACUAGGUCCUCCGUCCACAACAAGCAGGUGCUAAUGCUUUCCUGUGGGGAAAAAUCUGACGCUAGAUGUCCUCAUGCAGAGUAUCUAGUGGCUGUCUACCAGCUGACUUGCAAUAUUUAACAUUGCAGCGCUAAGUGCAAAAGGGACACUGUACCCAGACCACUUCAAUGAGCUAUAGUGUCCCUUUAACACAAUAUUUUCAUAUGGUGGAACUGAAUCACCAUAUUUGAGAGAGGUGAUUUUAAGUAGCCUUGUAAAAUUUAAAACUGUAUUUUUGUGUGAGCUGCUCCUUAAUCUAUAUUUUGUAUAAAUGUUGGUCUCUCCAGCAGCACCAUUACUGCGAAACGCAUGUUUUGGAUGUACCCCCAAUUCCCUUUUUCUUUUACUACAGUUAGAGCUCUGCAGGGACAUAGUGUAAACUGAAUAAACUUGUGAAUUAUGUCAAAUAGGCACCCAUAAUCCCCUGUCUUAUAUUCAACCCAGCAUCCAGCGCAUCAAACAUAACUAUAACUUUGAAAUCCCACAUCCUUCUUUCAGUCUGAGAUUUGAAGUUUACAUUUAUUACGGACACUUUCAACUACUGUUGAAAUGUUUGCCCACAGGAGUGUCGGUUUAUAUUGUAUAGUGUCUUUUGCUCUGUUUCCGACUCUGUUUAUAAAUAGGUUUUAUGCUCUGAAUCCUGGAUUGAUUAAAAACCAGGGGUUCGUGGGGUGCCUCUUUGACAUUAUAUUAUUCUCUUUUAGUUAUUUGGAUAGCAUGGUACCAAUAAAACAAUUAUCAAUUUUUACAUAGAUAAACUGUCAUUGGGGAAGCGGAAGCGAGGGGAAGACGAAGAUGGACAGUUUGUAAUGGAGAUGGCAGAGAAUACAGACAACCCACUCAGGUGCCCAGUAAGGCUUUAUGAAUUCUACCUUUCUAAAUGGUAAGUUGGUAAAACUUUGUUUCCACAGUACAGCUGUUUUGUUUUUGAUCACACAAUGCAAUGGAGAUUGGCCAUAUUUUAUUAAAUUAAUAGUAAAAGGUCACUAACAGAAUAAACGUACUGAGUGAACGUUUAAAACUAUAUUGUGCAAUGUACAUAUUGAGCUGGUUGAAUAUAGUAUUGACUGUUUACAUCGGCAGAAUAAUGCAAUUUGAGCAUUUAAAAUGUUAAAGGUACAGGUUUAUCAUAUUCCAUUUGUUUGUUUUUCUUUUAUUUAUAAAUUUCUAUUACCAAGUUUCUAGAAACUGUGAAGUGUUAUUUUAAGUUUAAGGGCAAGCAGCCUAUUUGAGGGGAAGACCAUAGAUUAUAAAUUGGGUCACUGUUGAUAGAUAUGUGAUCGUCAUUUUUGGGAAAAUAUAUCCAUCUGCACAGAGAAAUUGAAUACUAUUUUGUCAUUUAUGUAAGGUUGUGGAGUAUAUUUGUAGGUCAGCAGUCAUGAUUUUAAAAGUUUGAGUAGUCUUUGUGUAAAUAUUUGAAAUAUGUUUAUUUUAAGGAGGGACCUCAAAAUGUCAUGUUUUUUUAUAAAUUAUUUCCCACCUGUACUUACUACGGAAUUUGCUGUCUAUAGUGUGCAUCUGCAUAUAAACAUAGCUGACUGUUUGUAACAGUAUGCCCAGAUCCAGUUGUCAGUCCAACAAUGGCAGACUUUAGUAUCUCCUCAUUUAAGCAUUGUAUUGCUUCCCCUGUGCAUGUUAGAAAACUAUGGAAACCUGUCCUUUCUUGUUCUACUCAAGCAUUUCUGUAGAAUACUUUACCAGUGAUGGCUAACUUUGAUAAGUCAUUUAACUGAACUUUACCAUAUUGCUCUGCCGUCCAACAGGCCGAAAGUUUACUUUUGAGUGUCUUGGUCACCACUCUUUAUUGCACUCUGCAGAAUCAGUUUGUCCAUAAUUGUUUGUAAUGGUUAAGAAACAUGUUGCAGAAUUAUGGCUGGUAAUUUAUUUUACUUUUUUCCACCAAGUGGCUCAUAAAUUGUUUAGUUACGAUCAUAGAGCCACUGCCCUGUUUAUCAGAAAUGAUUAUCAUAAGUCUGAUUGUGUGCAAGUAAUGUGUAUUUCGUUAUCAUUCCUUCAGUUGGUUUAUCCUCCUCCUCUUUAUUAUUCCCCCAAGCAGUUCUGAAAGUGUGAAGCAGCGGAGUGACGUCUUCUACUUGCAACCAGAGCGUUCCUGUGUCCCUAACAGUCCAAUGUGGUUUUCCAAUAUGCCUAUUGACCCUGGCACGUUGGACAGCAUGUUGACCCGCAUCUUAAUGGUCCGAGAGGUUCACGAGGAGCUGACCAAAGCAAAAGAAGACUCAGAUGUGGAAUUGUCUGAUUAA